UGUGAUGACAGCAGAGGCAGGCAGUCUUUAAGUGAACAGCCUAUGGAGUAGCAGUCAAGCAGUCCUAAGGGCUUGAUUUACUGUGUAACAUAGAGCAGAGAACUUUUUUUCCAGAUCUGUGAAAAAAAAACUAUAGAAUCUGUGUGGCUCAUUGGUAACUCUAUUCUUCUACUGCAGCGUUUAGAACCUGCAACUUUUUUUCUUGUUUCUGGAUCUUUCCCUAGAAAAGUCCAGCUCUGGAAAUUUUGGAAUGUUAGGUCGUCUUGACCAAGAAACUUGCUGCAGUUGCUCAAGUGAGGAGUCGGUGACCACUGCCAGUCUUUGCCUGUGAGGUCUGCUGGUAUAUUAACACAGAUGGCUAUCAGGGAGCCUGCUUGUCAGAUGGAUGUCUCUCCUGUGUAACUCAGAGUUAGGAAAAGUGGAUGGGUUGCUGCUGUUAUUAUUACAAGUGACAGAUAGCUGGAACACCAGUACCCCAUGUGAGCAGGAGCUGGGUUACAUUUUGGUGUGUUUGGGCAAGAGUUCCUCUCCUUGGAUCUAAGCAGCACAAACUUAGUUUGCCACUUCUAUGCAAAAUGCUACCAGCAUCCUUCCACUGGAUCCUGCCUGCUAACUCCACCACAAGCUUUGCAAGACACCCAGGGCAUCUGAAAAUUGAGAAAUAACCAGCUCCUGACCAUUAACCCCCUCUGCUCCACUGUGCUUCCUGACAAAUUUCUUUGGAUUUAUUUUUAAUCUUUCUGGAUUUUGGGGCACAUUUUGGAUCGACUCUGAGAGCAUCAUUGGAGACAACACUCCAGACUUAAAAAAAAAAAAUAGAGGAGAAAGCAUUAUAAGGUUACUAUGCAAUUGCGACUGAUUUCUUGGUGUUUUAUCAUUUUGAACUUCUUGGAAUACAUUGGCAGCCAGCAGAUCCCCAGAGGGAGGCGACAUCGCAGAAGUAAGUGCUGUAGCUGGUGCUAGGAUUCACCUGCUGUGGGGAGUGUGUGGGUCUUACAGGUACUAGGUGGCAGAGGUCACUUUAAAUAGCAAAUAAAACUGUAUGUGCUCUGUACCUGCACCAGACACCAGCCUAACGCUAUGGGAUCCGUCCCAGGGCUAUAAGGGGUGUAUAAUAGAAUUAUAAUAAGUUUAACUACUAAUAUAGCUAGUGACCAUUCGUUCUAUGUUAGUAUUUCUAAGUGUCCAGAACCUCAAAAUAGCCCCAUGAGAAUAGAAUAGAAUUAUAAUAUUAAUUGUAGUAUUAGGCAAACUAAUAUCAUUAUAUUGCUAUUUAUCAUACAUUUAUUGAUUAAAAUAAUAGUGAUGAUAAUAUUAGCAUCAUUCACAAUGCAGUAUUUCAUUUUGCUUUAUUGCGAUGCUUUUUUUUAUUAUUUUUAAACACAUUUUGUAUUAAUAAAAUGUAAGCUAGGUCCAGGCAUCCUACACACAAUAAAUGGUUACACACUAAAUAUUUUCUUACACCACUAAUGACUUUCAUAGCGCAUUAUUAGUACUACACACCCAGUCUAUAUGAUUAUUAUUUCAAUAUGCAUAAGGCGCUAACACAGACCGCCGCGCUGUACACUGUGCUGUGUGCAUUACUCCUGAGGUAAGUUAUUGAUUUAUUCAUUCAUCUAAUUUGUACAACAUGCGUUCAUAAUGACGUGAUUUGGGAUACUGGGUUUGAAAUGAUAUAUUUCUUUUUUUCGACAUUAAAGUGGACACUUGUAGAAUGAGAGAUUUGAUUGUAAGUUAUCCUAUAGACUGGGACAGUAAUUCUUCUAGGAAACUAUUGGUUUCCAGCUGUUCCAGACUGUAAUUCCUCACCUGACCUUCAGUCAUCUGAAAGUCAUCUAAGGAUGCUGGGAGUUAUAGUUUAAUAGCAACUGCUGGGCAUGUUUUAUAUUUAUUUUAUAUAUUGUUAACAUUUUUUUUACAACAAUGCUUAUUGGGUAGAAAUACAUCUAUCAAUUUAUCUAUCUAUCUAUCUACUAAUGUAUCUAUACAUCUAUUUAUGUAUCUAUCUAUCUAUCAAUUUAUCCAUAUGUCUGUCUCUCUAUUACUUAUCUAUCUAUCUGUCUAUCUAUCUAUCUAUCUAUCUAUCUACUAUUUAUGUAUCUAUAAAUCUUUGAAUCUAUGUCUAUCUAUAUGUAAAUCUAUCCGUCUAUCUGUCUAUUACUUUAUCUAUCUAUCUAUCUAUCUAUCCGUCUGUCUGUCUCUCUCUCUCUCUCUCUCUCUCUCUAUCAGAAAGGCAUGGACUCUGAAAAGGGGUUCUAUCUGGGACUCUAAGAAUUUGGGCAGGUCUCAGGGAGGUAUUUUAUUGAAACCCUUGCACUCUUAUCAGAUACAGAUGGAGUUUUUCUUGGUUUUGUUUUGACUGGGCUAGUUAAUACGGGAAACAUAUACAGUUUCACCUUAUGACCGAUGGAUCUAUGCAAUUUAAAGUCAGAUUAAGCCCAGACCACACCAGUGGCAGACAGCGCCAGGAGAAAGCUCAGUCUUCUAUAUACACACACCUCCAUCAAGAGGCUAAGAAUUGCUGCAGCAGCAAGGGCCAAUAGCUAACUGUUGCUGCAAUCCCACUAAGUCAUACUGUAGGUGGUUUACAACUACAGAAAAGCAGCACUAAUUAUCUCAGUGACCAGCAAACAGUCUUUGGAGUUCAUUCAUUCUUAGACCUGCCUGGGGCUCAGAUUAUCUAUGCUAAUAUCCAAGAAUCCUCACGUGAAGCAAACCCUGAUUUGCCAUUUCAGUGUGUCUGCCUCAGAUAACAGACUAGCCUUUAGUCAGUAUUAAUUUAUCUUGUUUAAGCAAUACAACCCCCAAAGAAGCGUUGAAUUGUUUGGCAUUGUGGGAGUUAAGUUUAUUUGCACAGCUCAUCUUGGUGAUCUCUGAUAAUUAGUUUGUAAUUGGAAUGUCUUUCUCCUCUUGCAAAUCCUAUUACAAACCAAAUCAUUGCAUGAAUGCUUCUGAAGUUCCCUGACUGUAACCAGCAUCCCAUACAUACAAUAUGUUUGUACUUAUCCCACCACAUAUUUAGUUUCUAGAUAUCUGAUUUAGUUCUUGAGUACUUAUUGACACACCCCUUGCCUGCUGGCAGAGAUCUGGAGAUUAUUAUUUGCAAAAGAGUUUAGUUUCAAAUCAAAGCCAUUUAUAAUACACAAUCAAAACUUGCUUAAUCUUACCUAAUACUCAUAACAUAUUCAGUAAUUGCCUUUGGAGCUUACAAUCUAAUUGCUGAAUGCAUAUUGAUUUACCUACUUUACCUAAAGUCAUAAAUUGCACACAUAAGAAUCAAAUCAAUGUUUUUCGGACUGUGGAGAUUGAGAAUAAUUUUUAAAACAUUCAUACAGGGCUUUAAUUCUUAUAUUUUCUCAUAAACACAUACUGAAAUGAAGGCUUUCAGGGUUAUUCUCCUAACUGUUAGUUAAAUGACAAAACUGAGGCUAAAAUAGUCAAGCUGUAACUGUAGCUGAGUUGGAGAAUUUUUCCAAAUUGACUGUUUUAGCCUUAAUUUUGCCAUUCUGAUUUAAUUCACUAAAACCCAGAGUUUAGUGAAUACGCCUGUACAGAAAGCGUUCUAGAUUUUAACGAUUGCAGCGCAAUACUAUGUAUUUUUUCUUUAUGUAAGUCUCAAAAAAGUAAUUGAACCUUAGUUCAAUGUAGGCUUACAAUUUAUGUAAACAUUGAGAUUUCUAACUGAGAAAAAAACCAUAUAUCUAUAUUUGAUACAUGUUGUUCUUCUUUUUAGUCCUUAAGAUUACUCUACAUGAAAACACAUUCUCCUUUGAAGGGCCAGCUGCUUCCAAUAGUAGAUAGACAUUAUCGGGAUUAUCUACUAAAGUGUGAUUUGUCAGGAAUUCAAAAUUAAUUCCAAGUGCAUUUCAAAUGUUAGGCCACAGCAGCUAAAGUGAAAAAAAAAAUUCCAAGUCAGCUGUGUUUUUCAUUUUGGCCUAUAAUGUAAAAUUUACUUUGAAUUCACUUGAAAUUCCUGACAGUUCACAUUGCAGCGAAUAACUCUGUGUGUUUGUAUCUAUAGGAAGUUUCAAGUGUUAUCUUGACAUGAUUUUCAAACUAUCACCAGUUCAGCAAGAGCUCUGUCUGUUCCUUUAAAACUGCUUACAGAUGCAGCUUGAAUGGCGAAUAGUGUCUGCGUGAGUAUAGCUGUGCCCUCCAGCAGGCAAAACCAACUUGUUUCUUUUAACUGUACUCACUGAUCAGAUCAGCAGACCUCUCCUUAAUAAGCAUUUGUAGUCGCAAUGUGCUGUGUUUGAUAGAGCUGGAUGUGCCAAGCAGAUAAGCUAAACAAGCGUCUGCGAGAAAGUAGUGAUAAUCUUUUCUGUAUGAACAUAUGGUAAUAAAAUCAUUGAUCUAAUAAAUCAAAAUUAAAAAAGCAAGGAAAUUUGCGAGUUUUGUCCCAAGGACUGGGUACAACUUUCUUGCUUAGUCCCAAAAGUCUAGACAUAUAUAUAAAGUCUGCAAAAAAAACUUUUGCUGGAAAGUAUAAUUUUCCCCUCUUUGCUGACUCAUUUUGUAUACACAUCUAUGCACAUGCAGAUAGUCAUAUGAAUUGUGCACGCACAGGUGCACAUGAGAUGUAUGACUGUUCAAAAGCACAUGUAUUCUCGAAAAUCUAAAAGGAGUUGUGCUUUUUUUUUUACAUAUAUGGACAUAGGUGAGAAUAAUGGAAUUUUCAAAGAUAAGAGAAAAUAUUUUUUUUUUUUCUGCAAGACACCUCACGGGAAAGCAGAAUGAGUUGAAUUAGAAAAACCUGAAGCAAAAUAGUUUCCUUUUUAUUUUUUUUUAAUUUAUUAUUUACUGCAUCUAUACAACUCUAGAAUUUUACCAACUAUAAAGAUGACUUUUUGCAACAAAAUGUUUAGCAAAAAAAAAGUUUUAUCUGUCAAUGUCUUCCGAUACUUCGAUUUAAAUCAUUAUAACACAUUUUACAGAAGACAUUGUAAUAUAGCAAAAGCUGGAUAAUACAAUAUAUUACAAAUUUAUUUGUAAUAAGUAGUUAGUAUUUUUUUUUGUGCACAAUUUGAUUACCUUUGACAUUUUUUGACAUUUUUUUAAGCCUGUUCUCCCAUCCAUUAGCAAGUUAUUCCCUAAGUAACAAAUUACAGUGGACUGAAAACCAGAAAUCAAACAUUAGGCAAAAAUAGCCAAUUUAGACAAACGAUCCGUGCCAGGCUGCCAGCAAUAGUCACAGUUUGGCUAUUUACUAGGCUAUUAACUUUUUGGAGAAUAGAUGCCUUUUAGGUGAAAAUUCCACUUUGAUGGUAGGGAAGAAAGCAGGGGAGAUCUAGUUUAAAAAAAAAAUUAAAACAGUGGGGUUUAUUUACUAAACAAUGAGCUGACGUGAGCUGGGAACCAACCUGCAAACUUCAUGUGUAAUAUCCCAAUUAGAAAACAAGCGGUAGAGAAGAGCUGACGAUUGAUUAAAGAAUACAGUUACAAAAUAAGCCAUUACGACCAUUACAAAAACGCAAUGAAUUCAUAUAUUCAAUAAAAAGUAUAACAAUGACACGCAAGAUGCAUUCUAAUUAUUGCUGUCCACAUGCCUUACACAGGAGUACAGUUUAUGCGUUCCAUCUCGAAUUCUCUAGAACUCUACUACACCUGCAGUAGAUUUCUAGAAAGCUCCAUGUAGGAAGUAUACACUUAAUUAGCCAAUAAAGGUAUCACUAUACCCCACUUUCAAACUUACAUAUUUUUUUUUUUUAUUGUGGACAAUAUAAAACCAGACAUACAGCAUAUUCUUGUAUAUCAGCAAAUAGUGUGUUUUACAUUUAAAGAGCAUGUUUUGAUAGAAAUUAACGUGUUGGAAAUUGUUCUCAAUACUCAAUUGUCAAAAAAGUUAAAGGAAGGCAGUGAAAUGGAAAUUAAUAUUAAAGUACCUUGGACUUCACAAAGUAUUGCACUGAGCACUGAUGAAACUAUAUUGUCAAUGAAACUAUUGCCUCAAACAGUGGUAUGUUUGUGUUCCCAUGACGCUCCACCAACUCUGAGAAUCAUGGGAAAAUUAGUUCGCCAACCUUUGCCAUUCCAACAUUGGGCUUCAGAAGUUUAUAGCACUUAAGAGUUAAGCACAGUGCACAGUCUCAGGAAGUUAGUAUGUUUAGUGAGAAUUGAGUGUAUAUGUGUAGGGGGACAAGGACCACAUAGUGAUUGUGGGCUAAACCUAAAAGUCAGCUACUUUAUUGUACAUUGCAGAUGCAAAUGUAUAGAACGAUAUGCUUGUAUAAUGAAUAACUAUUAGUUAUCAUCACUAAAACCAAUAAACUAACACAGUUACUCACUAAAACAUGAAUUGAUUGAAAUUCAUAAAAUUUGGAAGAUUUAAUAAAUAAGUUUGUGUUAAAGGACAAAUACAAAUGUCAAUAGGUGCAUGUUGGCAGUCCAGUGUGAUUUGAUGAAAAGCUAUGAUCUUUUCUUAAUGGCUGCCUUUCUACACAUCUAUGUGAUAAGUCGCUACAGGUUCUAUAAAAAAAAAGUCGCCUGUCAAGAGUCUACAAACCGUUGAGUUCUAUUUCUUCACAAACCAGAUUUACAUUAUUGUUUUUAUAUAUAUAUAUAUAUAUAUAUAUAUAUAUAUAUAUAUAUAUAUAUAUAUAUAUAUAUCAUAGGUAGAGCGUUCUGUUCCACAAAGAGAAAACUCCUUAUAUAAAGGUCAUGACAGAUACUGCAAUUCUAUGCAACUUUUUUUUCUCAAGAAUCUUAAACUGCAAGUUUAAGCCUAUAGCCAAAUCUGUGGUUUGUACUACCCUCUAGUGGUAAAUUCUAGAUGUAGUCUCAACAGCGAAGCUACUUGGAGCAUACCUAGGGAUAUGUUUAGGAAUUUAGUAUACGGUAUAUAAUAUUAUGGUGGGGAUUUAGUAAUCCAUAAAUUGAUCAUGGAUCUGCAUUUUACUUUAGGUGUAUUCAUAUUAUGGUUAAUGUGCAAUACAUAUUUAUCUUCAACUCAGCUGUGGACUUAUUAGAGCCCUGACAAAUAUCAUAUGGCUUCUAUUACUUAUGAAAUCCCCUAAAUACACUAUUGGGAAAUCUACAUGACAGUCUGAAUACAACCUAUUAUGUUCUGCAGAACUAUUUAUACAAGGCUUUUAAUCAGUAAAGAGCAAAUCAUCUGAAAUUCUAAUGUAACUUUCUUUUUACUUUUUAACAUAAAAUCGCAAUGGGGACAAAUUAAUUUACCUAAAAUACUUGCACUACAAAGUUUGUACCAAAAUAUAACACUCAAAAAUAUAAUACUAUAAAACUGAAAAAAAAUAAAAUAAAUAAGAUUUCACAGAAAGUACAGUAGACGACUGGAGUCCAAUAAACAUAAUAGUAGAAUAUAGAUAAGCAGUAAAACAUGCCAACAGUAUGCCAAGGAUGAUCCAUUUAACAAAUAAGAAUUAACCUUUUUAAAUGUGUACGGGAAUUAAUGGAUGGACUAUACUCUUUCUGGGGGUUUUCACAACUUAUGAGGGAACCGCAAACUUUGGUCCAAAAAUGGCUGAGCUGGUAAACAUCUCAAGUUCAGAUAAUUUUGGCAUUUUUGGGAUAUUUUAUCCUAGAAUUUGCAAUUCCAGCUUUCCAUUCUCAUUCUCCAUUCCAUUUGCAAAUCUCAGUUUAGCAUUAUGUUCUAACUGACUGCUUCUUCAUAUGUGCUAUAGAUCAUAGGUAGCGCCUGUUAAUAAAGAUUUUUACAAAUGGCCAACUGUUUUUCAAAGUUUGCUGCGUUGUUUGGUACAUAUUACUUUAUAACAUUUAUAUACGUUAUACAUAUAAAAAAAAUACAUUUGGCCAGACAUCUUUAUAAUUAUCUGAAACAGAACAAGUUAAACAGUUGUCUAGAAAAUGGAGAUAAUUAGGAAAUAAAUGUCUUAUUUGCCAUAUCAUUGCAUUCUCUGUCCAUCUGGUUCCUCCUUUUUAUCUAUGUGGCAUUACUUUUGUGUCUUAUAAUCAUAACCCCUUUCCCUGUGUACCAUUUCUUUGUACACAUUUUGAUUUUGUUUCCGCAUUUUUCUCAUAUGUGCAAUUUUGUCACACCACCUGUUCAUCACGGGACAUACUUGCAUGUGUGGCAUAUCAUCACAUUCAAGUGCAUUUUGUGGCCCUCCUUCCCCAUAUGACAUUUUGCUUCUGCCCAUUGUCCAUAACGUGAUAACCCUUCUGAUAUGUACAUUUCCUUUCUCUGUCUGCCCCCUUGUGUCUUUCAUUCUCCUUUCUCUUUCUCCCUCAUCUAGAUUAUCUUGGCCAUAUUGUCAUUUUUGCUUGGCCUCUCUGACCCCCCAAUUGUCCUUUAACUUUUGGGUCUUUUCCUUAAACAUGUAAUACCAUUAUUGGGUUUUUAUUCCUCAACUAUAAUUCUUUUGCACCCUCCCUCCCUUUUCACCUUGCCAUUUUUUUGGUCUCUGUGUCUAUCUUUUUGGCUCUAUAUAUAUAGACAUCAAAAUCAUAACUAUGUAUCAAUAAUCCUCUAAAUCUAAACAUGAUGAAAAUGAAACAGGAGGCUUGAUAAAGUCUCUGAUCAAUAUGUUUUAGACAGAGAUGUCUCAUCUUGUUUCUGAUAAUGCUGGUGGAAUAUAUUUCCUAUAAUACUUGGAAAUCUACUUAGAAGUCAUCAGAGUUUUUCAUAAAACUGGGAGCUGUCAGGGACUAAGCAGAGAAUUUAACAUGUUAGGCAAAAGUAACCAAGCAGAAAAUUGGCAUUGGAGAAUUUUCCAGUUCAGCUAUUUUGGCCUUAAAUUUGAUUUACCCUGGACAAUUCCCGGUGUAAUGUAAUUCAGUAACAUCUGGAGACAAGGUUGUACACUUCUGUUUUAGAAUAAUACUUUAUAAAUCUUCACCAACCAGACCCAGAUCUGUAUUCUCCUCCCAAUCAUCGGUUGCUGAAUAUGGAUGGCUGGCAGAAUUUAUUUGGAAAAUAUUCACUAAGCAGUGAGUUAAAAUAAUAUAACAGCUGAUGCUUACGUCAAGUCAGAAGAGCUACAAAAAUCAAAGGUGGCAACUUGGCCCAACCUUUGGGGAUCAGCUGCCAUUUCACCAUAAUCACUCCAUAGCUUAAUAUCUCUUUCACUCUUCAAAUAACACUAAUGCUGGAUACAAAUGUUUGAUUCUGCAACAAUCUCAAAGUGUACACUGUGCUUUUGUAUUGCUUCUCAAAUGUUAAGCAUGGUGAAUAUUUUAGAUUUUUGGUGAAUUACUGUUGUAUAACAGUAGAGAAACUGCUGCAUAAUAAGCAUUUGCUAAGCCAAGAACUGUCAAAUUUAGUAUUACAAAUUUUAAGACAAAAUAAGUGAUUUUUUUGCAGUUCAGUUGGCCUAAAAUUUGCAAAUUUCAUGUGAAUUCCCAAGAAUUUAACAAAAAAUUGUGCUUGAAUCUGUUGCACAAACUGACUGCUCCGACGACCAACUCUGGUGAUCAAUCGAUGAGUUGUAGAUAUCUCCAUAAAUCUGUUUGCCAGUGCCCAAUUUCAGAUCAUGUAAAGGUUGCAGUCUGGAGCUGCAAAUCCUCUUAAGUAAUAUUAGUAAAAAUCUUACAUAUGGGAAUGUAUUCACCAGAUUAAUAGAUAAUUGAUUAGGGAAUUGCAAAUGUGGGGCCAAACUGGCCAAAUUGUAAAAAUUCUUCAAUUCGGCAAUAGUUUAAGCUCAUCAAAUUGCAGAGCAUUUGCAAUUAUUUUGUCAACUUAAUGCAUUAUCUGUUUAUUGAAUAACCCUACUUGGUUCCUGAUAUUUGUUUAUAAUAGACAGACAGAUAGGUAGAUAGAUAGAUAGAUAGAUAGAUACAGACAGAUAGAUAGAUAGAUAGAUAGAUACAGACAGACAGACAGACAGACAGACAGAUAGAUAGAUAGAUAGAUAGAUAGAUAGAUAGAUAGAUAGAUAGAUAGAUAAAGAAAGAUAUUACUGAAAUUAUGCACAUGCAGACAGAGAAACCAAAUAACUCUCUGACAGGCCCUGUGCUCCCUGGACAAAGAGCGGACCGGUAAAUGCAUUGUGAGCUGAUGGCUUAUAAGUGGGCGUGGCUGACUAUCAUGGCCAUACUUUAGCAAUAUGCUGAACUGCAGGCCAUAGCCUCAUUUUUACCUGUCUCAGUUGCAGGGAGUCAUGAAAGCAAUCGCACCUGGUGUUGCAGGACCGGUGACUCGCUGUCUCAUCUCCCUGAUUUUUUUCAAAACAACUUAAAGAUGCACUGCACAUCAAUUGGACAUUCAUAUUUUCGUCUUUUGAACCCUUUUAAUCAUAUGUAUUUGUAUAAAAAUAUUUAUAGUUACAUUUUAUAGAACACUUCUCAUUAAUAUACAUAUUAAUGAAAAAACUUUCUUUGGUAAUUCAUGUGACAUGAAAUUGCUGUUUAUAUUUGGGUUUCCUUCCUUUCCAUGGUUUUCAUAAUAAAAAUUUAAUUUAAAAAACAUUUCUAAAGAAUAAAAGGAUCUGAAACACAUAUUAAUAAUGUUUAACCCCUUAAGGACCAAACUUCUGGAAUAAAAGGGAAUCAUGACAUGUCACACAUGUCAUGUGUCCUUAAGGGGUUAAAUAAAUGAAUGUUCCUGGCUGUGCGUAUAUAUGUACUAAGAUCCUGGAUCAUGUAGACAUAUUAUUUUUUUCAUCCAUUAGAAAUACUUGAUCUUCUAACAGGCAGCUGAAUUUCAAACACACAUUUGUGAAACAACUUUGAAUGUCGGAUUUCAAGAUUAUUAAACAUCACAUUAGUUUCAAUAAUAUUGAAUUUAUUGUGUUUUUAAUUCAUUUUACAUUAUCAUUUUCUCUUUCUAAUAACAUAGCGGUUAAAAUUAAAAAGUUGAUAAACUUUAUUAUUUUAAAUGAACAGUUUUUAUUAUGUUAUAUUUUAAAUUUCAGAGUGUUUUUAGUAUGAAACAUGGAAUAAUUUGGAUAAAUAAAUGGAGGAUGAAAUAAAAUGAUCAAAUUAUGAUAUAGCAUCCAAAUUUGUAGUAAAAGUAUGAUGAUAUUCCUAAAAUAAAAAACUAUAAAGAAUAUCAUAAAAACAAGAAUUAUGUUCUGGUAAUGGUUGCAGGUGACUUUUUAUAAAAGUUAAAGUAUAUUAAAUUCACCCUUAAACAUGUGAAGGGUCUUUAAAGGUCAUGAAAAAAAUGAUACUGCCAAAAACUGAACAAAACCAUAAAUCUGGUUAGUUACAGUUGCAUAGCACACAAAUAUAUUUGUAACAUUACAUAUGUUGUUCUGUAAAAUUGAACACCUUUAUCCAGUGGUUUCGAAAAUACAGCACGGUCUAAAUAAAUUUGAAAAAUAUCUAGACAUUCAGCAGCAUCGACUUUGGUGUUCCGGAAGGCGUCUCUCUGACCCAUUGCGGCUAGAAGAGAGUUUCCAACUAUAUCAAUCUAUGUCAUAGUCAUAGUCUAGAUCUCAGAAGAUGGCUUACUACAUUCGGUGAUGUGGCGUCUCCUGGACCGAGUUGGCACAUACUACCAUAUCAUCUUCAACCACUUAGUUAGUUUGACUGGGUGUAUUGCUAUGCAUAAAUUCAGUCACAUAAAUAUGUUGCUAAAAUUAUUUUUUAGUCUAAGCAAUGGAUAAGCAGACGAUGAAAACUUUUGCCAGAGAUAUUGCAUGUAAUAAAUACCGGAAUUAUUGUAGCUGUCAUCAUUGAAUGUGUCCAACUUUUUCAGUUCUUAUGAAAGUGCCUCUCAUUAGAUUAAUGUGUUACAAUCUUCGCAAAAAAAACAUCAGUUUGAAUAGAUCAUUUAAUACGAUUAGUUUUUCAAAUACAAAAAGAAAAAAUACUUUGAACAGAUUUACAACUCCUCUGGAUGAGUAGCAAACCUUACAAAUUUGUAUACAUUAAUAUUGAAAAUGAAAAAUUAUGCUUCACACGUGGAACAUAAGUGACUAAUUUUGUAAAGAAGAGAUUUAGGAUACAUUGUCAACGUGAAUGUCCAAAAAUGGUAGCACUGCAUGCUAGAAGACUUAACCUUUUUAGCAGUACAUCUAUCUGUCAGCACUCAAACACUUAUUGGAACACUAUUGUGUUAGGAAUACAAACAUGUAUUCCUAAUGCCAUAGUGUUCUUCUUACCAUUUAGUUUAUCGGACCCCCCCAUGCAAUUGUUAAUAAAAAAAUAGAUUUAUUUACCUUUAAGCCCUCGCAGCAAUGAGAUACGCAUGUGCGGCUUCUCUGCAAAGGCAGCAUUUACAGUGUUCAGUCUCCAUGGACAGGCUAUAGACACCAGAACCACUACAUUAAGCUGUAGUUGAUCUGGUGAUUAUAGUGUCCCAUAAAUGCUGCAAAAACAUUGCUUUGUCUACAAAACUGCAAUGUUUCAUAUUGAGGAGUUAAAACUAUAGGACCACUGCAGCUAAACCACUUCAUUGAGAUGAAGUGGUUUGGGUGCCUUAAUUGGUCCUUUAAUAAACAGUUAUAAAUAGACAAUCAAAUGAGCAAAAGUAAUUUUAUUUAUAUUUAAUAUUCCUCACUAUGCCAGAAUUAUCUGAAUUCUCCUUUAGCUGGUAUUGCAAUUUAUGGUAAAUGAUGGUAAAACAUAAUUUAGAACUACAAUAUUGAAUCCAACCCAGUAUUGCACAUUUUCAAUAACUAUGUGGUCAUCUACUCACUUUGCUUGAUGUUAUACCUCAGUUACAAUCAGACACUAUCCUUCUUAAUGUUAAUGUCCCUGUUAGAGAGGACAAGUCACAAUUAUGUUCUCAGUUACUUGAAGUGUUAUCAUCAUAAAACAUUGCUUGAUUGUUUCCUGCAGCUGACAGCCUAAGAGCAGCAGCUCACAUUUUAUCCACUGUUUGUAUAACACAUUCUAGUUUCUGUCUCUAGAGUAACAGAGACAUUUAGGGACCUCCAAGGGCAUGGCAAUAUUAAUGGGUCACACGUAACCUCCAAAAAAUAAGCACUGAAACAAAAUAUUCAACAGGAUUAACACAUUUAGCCACAUUACUGUUGUUAUAUUUUAUAAUCCUGAUGCUACCUGAUAUAUGCCAAAAUAAGUUGUGUUUUGAACAUAUUAAGUUGUCCUUAUUAUUAAUGUUAAAUUCAUACUAAUAUACAUUAUAAUAUUAGUACAUAACUGGAAUUUUACUAAUUGUGACCUGCAAACCUUUUUUAAUUAAACUGUUUAACCCCUUAAGGACACAUGACAUGUGUGACAUGUCAUGAUUCCCUUUUAUUCCAGAAGUUUAGUCCUUAAGGGGUUAAAUAAUUUGACAAAUAACAAUAAUCAAAGGAUACACCCCAUUUUUCUUAUGGUAUUAUUAGUAUGCCCCUUUUAUAUUGCCCUUGGAAAGAUCAAAGAGUAUCCCUACAGCUUGGACAUGUUCUACAGUUAGUCUUUUUACCAACUGAGUCAUCUUAUCAGUAAACACGACACAAAAUCAAAACAAGGUUUACUUGUAAUCAAUGCUAAAUUUAAAAUUCCACGUAUCACAUUUCCAGUCACACAGUCUUUUAUGUAACAUCACGCAAACAUAUGUUGGAUUGUGUUCUACUUUGGUGGUUUCCAUAACAUACAUUUUAUCCUUCGAACUCUGUUGGAGUUAAACAUCAUAUGUUUUUCAGAGGAAAAGCGUUAUUUCGAUAUUCAUGAGAUUCCUCUACAGAGAAGGUCUGAAUUUCAGAUAAAACAAGACCCAAGACAUGGUAGAAAGUUAAAGAGCUCUAUAAGUAUGUUCAUUCCAUUUCACGUCCAUCUGAAAGUCCUAUACAACAUGGACAGGGACAAACAUUGCUGAAAUAUAUACAUUUUAGUAAAUUGGACUCUGUCCAUUAUCUAAGGGAAAUUCACAAGGAUGUUUUUAUGUAUUCCUCGGUGAACCGUGGAUUCUUCAUCCAACAGUGAACAAUUUCAGUAAUUAUAUCCUUUUCAUUCCAGCUUUCUUAGCAGUGUUAGAAUAAACUAAACUUGAGAAAAGAAAUAUCAAUACCAAGAACAGGGAACCCAGGAUUUCAAGCCUAAGGUGUCAAUUAAAAAAUAAACCAACUGCAGACCAGGGAUUUAAUGAUGUGGCAUGGCAACUUCUAUUCUUUUUAGUGUAGAAUCCCCUGGUUUCUGUAAGUCUAAUAUAUACUCUUUUGUUAUAAACAGCCGGUCUCUAGGAACAUAACUUUAUAGACUUCAGUCAUUCGAUAGAAUGAAGUAUUUUUGGCAUCAGGAAUAUAGAUCCACUAAUUUUAGCUUUGGCCUUAAAUUGUUGAAUUGGAGGAGGAAACACUUUGGUGUGCAACGUGAGUCCCCGUGAUCUUGCUUAUGAUUAAAGUCAGCAUUAUCAGCAGAUUCAAAGAGAUUUUCUAGGUUUAUCAUUGUAUGACUAAAUCUAGACUUUAUUUUUCACACCUUUGUAAUAGUUAUCUGAGUCUUUAAUUACAACUGCAAACUGAUCAUGUAAAUUGGGUAAGACAAACAUAUUACAGGGUGGUAUAAAGCACUAGUAAUUUAGUGUCCUGUUUGAUGUCAGCAUAAGUGAUUUUGUAAGAUCUGGUUUAAUGCUCCAGAUUCUUUGGUGACAAUCAUGCUAACCACAGAAAAAUUCAAUCAUUAAUAGAGUACCCACCAUGCAAUGUACUACCAUGUCCCACCACUCCCACCACAAGCUAAAUUCCCACACUACAAAGUAACUGAACCUCAUGGCAUUAGGAGUGGUGUUUAUUCAUGGUGGGCAAAAAUAGUGCUUAUUCAUAGUGGGCACAAAUGGUGUUUAUUCAAAAUGGGCAGGCCACAUGUAUCAGAGAUAUAGUCGAUGGACACAUCAUUCCUUUUGAAUCAGUGCAUCCUGGAAAACAGGAUAUCCAGUUAGGCCAGACAACAACAGAUUACCUAUUGAUUAAUCUAGGCAUGUGUAUAAAUUGACAGAAUAAUAUUUAUAAGGCUGGUUUAUAUUAAAGUAUGAAUAAAAUAUAUUUCUUUACCUCAAAGACCAGUAAACACUCACGUCUAGGAUCAGGCUACAAACAAUGAAAGCAAUCAGCAUCAUAACGUGAAUGAACACUGUAGCAUUAGGAAUACAAAUCUGUAUUCCUAACGCUACGUGUUCCUGUCCUUAUUCUUGUUCAGGUCUUCCUCCCAGUUGCAUUCAAAUUUAAAAAGAAAUUAAGUUUUACUUACCUUUUUCCAGCGCUGUGCCUUCCUAGGCGGUGCUCAUCUCUCCGUCUCCUGCAAUGUCACAGAGGAGGCAUGGACUCCUCCACCAAUUUUCAAUCCAAUACUUCUCAUGCUUCAAUCAAUGUUUCCUAUGGGGCUUCCACCUCACGUGACCAAGUUUUACUCCUUCAUCGAAGUGGAAGUUUUUUUAUUUUGGGUAGUAAUACAUAACUACAAUGAUGCUUUAAUUAGAAUGACUUUUUAUUGUGUACUCUUUCUUUCUAUAAAACUUUAACAUAAUAAUUUUAUCCUUUACUACAACCAUUUUUCAGUUUAUCUGCAUAUGUUCGAGUGAGAUGUAUCUAUGCAGACACUGCCCUUUCUAGAGUAGCAUGUCCCUAAGCUAUUUGUAUUUUGUAGGACCUUUACGGGUAUGAUGGUGGAAACAGAUUAUCUCUCAGUGUCUAUCUCUUACUGCCACACCAGUUAAUCCAGCAGUUGCUUUUUCUUCAUCUUUCCAAGACCACAAAGAUUAAAACGCAGAAUCUGAGGCAGACGCGAAAAGUGAAGUCCUAAGCAUGUCCCAAAUCACGAGACUAACCUAUGAUUUCUUAUAGAAAUAACAUAGUGUGUUAAAAUGAUAUCAUGGUGAUAACUCUAAAUCGAAGAUCACAUAGCUCAGGUACUGGAUUCCUUUACAUAGUUCACAUAAAUCCCGAAAACUGCCAACUGAUUCCUGCUAGAUGAAUAACCUUUAUGGGCAGUUAGUACAAUAUUGAGAAAUCUUUCAGGAAUAUAUAAGGAUAUGGGGGAGGCUUUCAGCAAUGGCAAAGAAAUACAGAGUCUUAUCAAAGUCAUUAUAACUCUGCUUGUAAUCCUGGGUUCAUCCAUUGGCAUGGUCAAGUUACAGUGUUUCUGCCUCCAAUUCAAGAUAAAAUAUUUAUUUUUAUCUACAAGAUCUGUAAUGUAACACUAGUGCUUAGAUACUAAACUGGGUUUAUUAAAGGCUUAUUAAUAUGAUAGUGUGUUUAAUGUAAAUUUAUGUACCCGUGUUUGCCAAGUGAUGCUUUUGGAUUUCCGAGGUCUGGCUCAAGCUAUGAAAGGAUACCACAAUAGUGUCUGGCUGCUGUAAAUAGAUAAUAGGAUAGGAACUAUCAGCAGGGAUUUCAUUGACAAUCCAUUCAAUUAUGGUGGAAAACCUAAUGGGUUUUCUUUUCAGUAAAAUUGAAAGGAAAAAAAAACAUACAUAUUUUUAGAGGAGACAGCACAGCAAAUUCCCUGAAUAUACAUAUUGUCAUUUUGCAAAAAUGCCAAAAGCAUGCUUAGCCUGCUGGUAUGUGAAAUGUAAAUCUGUGUAAUACAUGCCUCCAUUUCCUUAGGUCUAGAAUGGCAAAAGUGAGUAAUCAAUCUGGAUUGGAAUAUUCAUUUUUAUGUUAUAUAACACAAGAAAAUCUGCAAUUUUUAUGAGAUAGUUAAAAAAAACAGUUCAGGCACUAUAACAACUUAAUCUAAAUGAAGUUGCUAUUGUGCCAGGAGGCCUCCGGGCACACUCUUACCUCAAGAGGUUAUAUUGUUCUUGAAUGGUUUAACCCCUAAGUGAGCCUUAUCCCAAUUUCCCCCUGGAAUCUGGCUUCUGAAAUCUCCAUUUCAGGAAGCGUGGAGUGCCACCGGAGAGGGCCGAUGCUGAUUGGCUGAGAGCAGUCAGCUGACGCUCUCAGCCAACCAGUGAUUCCCCAUUCCUAAAAAUGGCUUGAAAAAGGUAUGUUUCUUUUCAAAAAGUACAUUACUUCCUUUAAAACAAAGUAGAAAAUCUUCCCAAAAUCAUUGUUUUCGUGCAAAAGAUAGAAGCAGGGAGAGAUUUAUUUAGCACUACAAUUUAGAAAUAAAUCCUUGUAGAAACCUAAUAUGCAUUUAAAUUACUUAGAAAGCUUAAUGAUAUUUACCAUAUAUGGAUAUUUUGCCCAAAUAUGCAAUGAAUAACAUUUUUGGAGAAUGAGUAUUCCCAAAUACACCAGCAGAUCCUUCUUAAAUACUAUAUAUAUAUAUAUAUAUAUAUAUAUAUAUAUAUAUAUAUAUUUAUAUAUAUAUAUAUAUAUAUAUAUAUAUAUAUCAAUAGUGUAUUUGUACCCUAAACUAAAAUUGUAUUAGAUCCAUAUUGGGUCAAUCCAAUAUACUGUGAUAUUGGUGUUUAAACUAACUGCAAAUGUAAAGGGUUACUCCAAGAUCAUAACCACUGCAGCCUGCUGUAAUUGCUAUGAUGCGAGCAUAACGCUGGCCCAGUUUCACGGUAAUGGGGCAAAUCGUUUAGGAACAGGUUUACCCCCUUAACUAGAUAUAUACACUGCUCAAAAAAAUAAAGGGAACACAAAAAUAACACAUCAUAGAUCUGAAUUAAUUAAAUAUUCUUCUGAAAUACUUUGUUCUUUACAUAGUUGAAUGUACUGACAACAAAAUCAAACAAAAAUAAAAAAAUGCAAAUCAAAUUUUUCAACCCAUGGAUGUCUGGAUUUGUAGUCACACUCAAAUGAAAGUGGAAAAACACACUACAGGCUGAUCCAACUUUGAUGUAAUGUCCUUAAAACAAGUCAAAAUGAGGCUCUGUAGUGUGUGUGGCCUCCACGUGCCUGUAUGACCUCCCUAAAACGCCUGUGCAUGCUCCUGAUGUGGUGGCGGAUGGUCUCCUGAGGGAUCUCCUCCCAGACCUGGACUAAAGCAUCUGCCAACUCUUGGACAGUCUGUGGUGCAACAUGACGUAGGUGGAUGGAGCGAGACAUGAUGUCCCAGAUGUGCUCAAUUGGAUUCAGGUCUGGGGAACAGGCGGGCCAGUCCAUAGCAUCAAUGCCUUCAUCUUGCAGGAACUGCUGACACACUCCAGCCACAUGAGGUCUAGCAUUGUCUUGCAUUAGGAGGAACCCAGGGCCAACCGCACCAGCAUAUGGUCUCACAAGGGGUCUGAGGAUCUCAUCUCGGUACCUAAUGGCAGUCAGGCUACCUCUGGCGAGCACAAGGAGGGCUGUGUGGCCCCCCAAAGAAAUGCCACCCCACACCAUUACUGACCCACUGCCAAACCGGUAAUGCUGGAGGAUGUUGCAGGCAGCAGAACGUCCUCCACGGCAUCUCCAGACUCUGUCACAUGUGCUCAGUGUGAACCUGCUUUCAUCUGUGAAGAGCACAGGGCGCCAGCAGCGAAUUUGCCAAUCUUGGUGUUCUCUGGCAAAUGCUAAACGUCUUGCAUGGUGUUGGGCUGUAAGCAUUUGUGGACGUCGGGCCCUCAUACAACCCUCAUGGAUUCUGUUUCUGACCGUUUGGGCAGACACAUGCACAUUUGUGGCCUGCUGGAGGUCAUUUUGCAGGGCUCUGGCAGUGCUCCUAUUGUUCCUCCUUGCACAAAGGCAGAGGUAGCGGUCCUGCUGCUGGGUUGUUGCUCUCCUACAGCCUCCUCCACGUCUCCUGUACUGGCCUGUCUCCUGGUAGCGCCUCCAUGCUCUGGACACUACGCUGACAGACACAGCAAACCUUCUUGCCACAGCUCGCAUUGAUGUGCCAACCUGGAUGAGCUGCACUGCCUACCACUAGAGUGAAAGCAUUGCCAGCAUUCAAAAGUGACCAAAACAUCAGCCAGGAAGCAUAGGAACUGAGAAGUGGUCUGUGGUCACCACCUGCAGAACCACUCCUUUAUUGAGGGUGUCUUGCUAAUUGCCUAUAAUUUCCACCUGUUGUCUAUCCCAUUUGCACAACAGCAUGUGAAAUUGAUUGUCACUCAGUGUUGCUUCCUAAGUGGACAGUUUGAUUUCACAGAAGUGUGAUUGACUUGGAGUUACAUUGUGUUGUUUAAGUGUUCCCUUUAUUUUUUUGAGCAGUGUGUAUGUAUAUAUAUCAAUAUGGUAUUUGUCCACUUCUAUUUAAUUGUUUUCAUACUUUUUAUAAUAAAAUGUUGAUUUGUCACUUUUAUACUAUUGUCUAUGUACAGAAAGCUAAAUAUACAGUAUAAUAAUCCCUAUUACUUAAAGGGACACUAUAGUAUUAGUCACCAGAACAACUACAGCUUAAUGUGGUUGUUCUGGUGAGUAUAAGCAUUGCCUCCAGCCAUUUUCAUGCAAACACUGCCUUUUCAGAGUAAAGGCAGUGUUUACAUUGCCCCUAGGGACACUUCCAAGUUGCUACUCCUCAGAUGGCCACUGGAGAUGCUUCCUAGGUUAGUGCUGCACAGUAGGCAGCACUGCCAUUCUCCAUGCUCUGCAUGGGGAUGCUGAAUUUUCCUCAUGGAGAUGCACUGAUUCAAUGCAUAUCUACGAAGAAGUGCUGAUUGGCCAAAAUGGCAUUUGGCCCCAUCCCCAUCCCACCUCCUUGCUGAUUUUAGCCAAUCCAAUGAUUUCCCUAUGGGAAAGAAUUGGGUUGGAUAGAAAUUGGCAAUUCUGAUGAUGUCAUUAUGGAGGCGGAUUGGGGCGGGGCCAACACAGGCAGAACUGCACGGUGCUGGAAAUAAGGCGAGUUUUAAUUUCUUUUAAGGGCCCUGGGCAAGCCACCUAAAUGGUGGGUUUAACACUUUAGGGUCAGGAAUACAUGUUUGUGUUCCUGACCCUAUAGUGUUCCUUUAAUGUCUAAUUUGUUUCUUAACAUAAAUUUAUGGUGAAAUGACCUCUAAAGAGCAAACAAAAACUCGAAAAAACUGUCAACUCAACUAAUUUUUUCUUUUCAACUUUCUUCCUUAAAGGGACACUGUAGUCACUAUAAGCAUUUCAUCUCUUUGAAUUGGUUAUAGUGCCUGGAGUGCCCUGCCAUUGUCCCUCCAUUCAGUGUUGAUCCAUGUUUGUGCAGUAUGCCACAAAAUAAUAGUCCCUGGCCACCCACAGUCCGGCCCCUUCAGUAUGUGUAGCUAAGGCAGAGAUUACACACUUCCUUGUUGUCAUACCCAUCCAUACUGUCAGUUGGAACUCUGACAGGCUAAAAGCAGUCAGCUGACACUCUCAGCCAAUCACAGCUGCCCAUUGCUGCUCAGGCUAAUACUUCCUUAUUAGCCAAAGCAGCACAGAGGGGAUGGAUUGCCGGCGACUCUUGUUUAGCAUUAAAACUUUAAAAACUGUUUAAUGCUGAUAGAAAUGAUGGACCAGAGGACUCCUGACACUAUAACCAGUUUAAUGAGAUGAAGCAGAUACAGUGCCUACGGUGUCUCUUUAAAGGUUUUCUCCAAGCACUUUGACCACUUCAGUGAUUUGAAGUUGUCAUGGUGCCUGAAGUCUGUAUGUGCAGCAUUUCACUUUGAAACACUGCACAUACAGAGAUUAAACCCUCUGCUGCCGGAGGCGUAACUCCACAUCUGGCAUCGUCAUAGGGAUACAAUCAGCCAGCCUGGAACUAGAGUUCUGUCAAUUCUGUGCAACUUUCACAGCAAAGAAGCACAGUCAUUGGCUGUCAGCUCUGCAUAAGUUAGAAACACAUCACUAGACCACCAGGGAGCUUCAGUGCACAGCGGGGAUCUAGUUAAGGGGGUAAACCUGUUCCUAAACGAUUUGCUCCAUUACCAUGAAACUGGGCCAGCGUUAUCCUCGCAUCAUAGCAAUUACAGCAAGCUGCAGUAGUUACGAUCUUGGAGUAACCCUUUGCAGUUAGUUUAAACACCAAUAUCACAGUAUAUUGGUUUGACCCAAUAAGGAUCUAAUACAAUUUUAGUUUAUUUUACCUGAUCUUUAUUCUCUAGCCAAAAUAUGAAACAUUGAGAAGUCAUUUUUUUCUUUCUUGCUUUUUUUUCAUACUCAGUAAAAGCUUGCAUAAUACUGUUUGGUCCUCAGCCAUUAUUUUUUUUCACUGCUCAUUUUCUUGUAAAUAUUUGUAGUAAUCCUUUCCAUUGAGAUUAAACAAAGUGUAAGUAGCGAUGCCUAAGCGAUAGCUCAUAUUAAUGUUAGUUACUGCAAAAGCCAUAUGCCUUGAGAAAAUGGCUUAAUACUUUCAAUAGAAAAAAAAACGCAGAGUGUGAAACCAAAAGAAAGGCUCUGUAAUGUGGUGUAAUGUGAGCUGUGCCGUGUUAUCAUUAGAUACAAAAAUUGCAAAUGCCGCAGACUGUUAUUCUAACUUGUGUUGCUUCACGGUCUGCAUGAAAAAUGUGUUGGUAAAUCACAUAGAAAGAAUGUGGACUCUUUGAAUCUGUUUUGUUAAUUUAAUAGAAGCCUUGACUGAAAACUCAAAAUAUGCACUAAAACAAAUAAAAAGGCACAAAUGUCCAUAUAUAUAUAUAUAUAUAUAUAUAUAUAUAUAUAUACAUAUGUGUGUGUAUUUAGAUAUAUCAAACAAAUCUAUCGUUUUUACCUAUGCAACAAUUAAAUAACAUUUGUUGCAUUGCUUAAUAAAACCAGGAGAUCUGUAUGCUCUGGAAUAUAUCAUAUUCACUCACAUCUCAUUUUUGUAGGUGGCUGUAACGUGUGUUGGGGGGAGGGCACCUCGCAGAUGAGAGAAUGAUUAACUGCACACAUUCUCUCUUGGAGUGGAUUGAGAAGAGCUGAGCUGAAGAUGAAACAUAACAUUAACAUAAUAAAACAUUAAAACUAAUUACCAGCAAUUAGCAAAGUCUUCACAAGGUCUUGUUUAAAUGGACUACUGUUUUACCUAUGAACUUUAUUAAUGUAACCUUAUUGUGGUUCACGAUUAAAGCAGAACAGUCCAAUUUGAGUAUUUUUGAAUCUGGGAAUUCAGCAAAUUAAACUAAUUAUAGCCAGGACCAUUUUUAAAAUCCAUGUCCUGUUUUCAGAUACGUUCUUUAAUUAAUUUCACUCUGACAUCACAACAGUCUUAUGAAAGGCACAAUCAGGGCAGAUUAUGUAGAUCAGUGUAUGUUACAUCAUUUCUACAUCAUCAUAUACAACUUCUGAGUAAACUUCGUAAACAUCUGAGAACAGUCAGCACUGAAGAAGCAUGCUCGUUUUGGCCAAACUACAUGACAAAAACUAAAAAUUGACAUCAAGCCAAGGUCAGCGUAUGUUUGACUUCCCAAGCUGACAAAAAGUUGAUCCAUGAAGGAAUUAUGUAUUGUAUUUUAAUAAAAAGCAGGAAACUGUUAACAUUAUUUAUUAAACAUGGAAGUGCCCUGCCAGUCAGCAGAGGCAAGCUGAUUUUAAAUAAGCAUAUGUUUGCUAUUUAAUAACGUAUUGAAAAUCUAAAAUAGAAAUAAAACUAUGACUCUUUAAAGGGGCACUAUAAGCACCAUAACUAUUUACAGCUGAUAGUAGUUAAGUGUUAUGAGUAUUUUGUGUGCCAACCCUUUUGUUUGCUUUUAAACUGUUUGGAGUGGUUUGACACAGAGUGACCCAGUGCACACAUUUUUUUUGUGAACCCUUUCCUCCAAAGGUAAAUUGGAUUCGGAAAUAGGAGAAUUAGCGUAUAUUGAAAGUGGGUUCAUUGCAACCAACCUUACCUAUAGGUUUUUAAGUUGCAAAUAAGCAUACGCCAUGUGCCAAGGGCGACCAUACAAAGGAAUUAUCUCUGCCUUAUCUCUUAUUUGUAGAGAGGACACUAAGACACUAAGAGAAGAGAGUGUUCCGUCCCAAUUCUCUCUCACUGCUUCUCCCUUACACUUAUCUGCAGGCACAUGGGUCAGGCCACACACCUCUCAAAGUACAUUGUUAGUUUGAGCUGUUCACGCAGCCUUGGAAGUCAAAGACGGGUUCCAUAGCUCUGUUGCUCCUGGUGCAGCUGCAUCACCUGCACCACUGGUAGUUCCACCCUUAUUUUGAGAAAAACUGGCACCAGCGCAGCGUCAUAUCUGUCUGACCUCUCAGAAGAUUUUUUUUCUGCUUUAUUCAACUUGAGAUCUUAUGUAAAUGUUCCCUGCAACAGUUGGAUUGCUUUCAGUGGAUAUUGAGGAAACAAAUUAUCUACGUGUUUCAAGGGUAUUUUCAGAUUCCCCUUGACUCGAGAUAAAACAAAAGUAUUUCAGAAAAAAUAAACAAAACAAACAAACAAUGUUUAGCCAAACCUCCCUUGAAAGGGGAGAGGACUUCUGCUGCUAAAGGUAAAUUCACAGGGACACAAUUUCAAACAGCUAAAUAAAUUUAAUAAAAUAAAUCAAAGCACAGCAUGAAUACAAAAAUGUCAGGAAAAAAAAGCCCCAGGAAACAACAAAUGUGUUUCGUGCCACAUAUUUAAUGUAUUUCUCCAAAAUACAUGUUUAUAGAUUAAUGUUAUUCUGUUGGCGCUAUAUAAAUGGCAAUAAUAAUAAUAAUGUUGGAGUAAAGACAAGACUGUUUUUAUGACACAAACACAGAUGUCAGAGUAAACCACUCCAUGAAACAUAAUAAUUGCAUAUUAAUAUAAUAUUUUUCCACAACUAUUACAUGUGAGUUGACUUCACAAAGGGUAGAAAGUAAGUCCUUUCAGAUGGCAUUUAUUAUAUAUAAAUAUAUAUUAGAAACCAAUGGUGAUAACAUCUAAAAUCUUACAAGGGCUUUGCGUCGUUCAAACCAUAGAACUCUUGUGCAACAAAGGUGUUAAGAAUUAUAAAUGGCACAUCGUUACACAGAUAGUAUGGAAAAAGAACAUGGAGUAAAUGAAAGAAAGAUGUAUCUGUACUCUACCAGGAUACAACAGAGUACAGGGAGACAGUCUGUCUCUACGUGAUUCACAUGUCACACAACUAGGCCUGAAAGAGUUAAAAUAAUUUAAAUACAUUGUCUACUGUAGUGACCAUCAACAUGUUUUCAUUUUCCUACAUAAUGUUUUAUAGAUGUGUACUAGUAGCUACAGAUGUUUCACACAAAUGUUGGUAACUCUGUCCUUUUAGAUUAAUUUUGUUUUAUUCUUUAGAAGUGAAUCCUAACUUUAGUUGGAAAAUGCCAAUGAGGUGGUCCCAAUUAAUCUCACAUACAGUUUAUACAUGUCAGUGCAGACAUAGAAUCCCAGACUGGUACCACAGUGGAUUAUAAAUGAUUAAAUAUUAUGUAAUUGUAUGGAGUUGCUUCCCAAAAUAUCUCGAGAUGCAUAAAAAUAUCUUAUAAGACAAAUUAUUAUAAGAGUUAAAAAAUAUAUAACUGCAUAAAAAUAAAAAAUAUAUAUAACUCUGUAAUAUCUUCUAAAAACAAAAGCAUAACACGGGGUGGGGAACUUUGUAAAUUUCUUGGUUUUGCCUUCUGUUUAAUAUUGGAGGUGGAGGGGCAAGGUCUGGGGGCUGCAGGUCUUGGUGUCUGGCAGGGGAGGAUGAUAUAUGUGCACUUGGCUGAAGGAAUCUGUGCUUCCAGCUCCCUCACUGGCAUUCUCCACUGCUCCAUAUGGAAUGCUGCAUGAUGCAAUGUCAUGUCCCGAUGCCCUUUUAUAAAUACAGUGUGCGCUAAAAGGCAGCAUUAAGAGGUCUGUGCAGCCGUAUAUAUUAAUACCUACAGUAUAUACUGGUUGAGGAAAGGGAAAGUAGAAUAACAAGAAAAAGAUACAAUAUUUAGGAGAUAUGCUGCACACAAGCAAAGUAACAAUGGAGCGCUGUAGUAGAGGUCCACAAACCCCCAGCGACACAAUGAACACAAAUCCACAGCAGUUUAGUGUGAAAAAAGGUCAACUGGCUAUAAGGACAAAUAAAAAAUUACAACAUUUUGACCCUGAUGCCCUAAUCAUGUCUAGCCAGACAACCACACACAAUGGAGAGAUUACGUAUACAGAGCAAUUUAAAGAUUCCAUAUGAGAAAUAUAAUAAAACAACUAUAGGUCUGGAAGGUUGAGCACACAGCUCACUUGUCAGUCUGGGCCACUAAUUAUGGACCCUUGGGUAUCACUGAGUUUUACUCUUGACAGACUUCAAAUCACUGCAGCUGAGUACGAUCAUUUACCAGCGGCCAUUUAAGGGGCUAUGUGCAGCAGUGCAGCUCUCACUUUGAAUGCCUCACAUAGCUCAUCUGUGGCCCCAGUUGACAGAGGGGACCCUUAGGAAUCAGUGAUACGUGGGGCUCCCUGGUACCAGUAGGGAUUUGACCUUGUUGGUACUUUUAAUGAAUGAGGGUAGUACCAUCAACUGCCAUUUACCAGUGGCUCCAGCUCUGCUUCACUGAACUUCUCCUUUUUAGUUCUGCUGCACCCAUUAUAGAAAUUUGAGGCCUCAGUUUGUUUCAUACAGGACUGAAUCUCUGAUGUACUUUUCAAAAUUGCUGCUAGCAUGUGCAAUAAUAUAUUUCGGUAACCAAGCUAAGAACCUCUAGACUGCAUCUAUUUUGAACAUGGUCCUCAUCAACCUCUUGUUCCUGUAACAGUUUGUAAUUGUCCCAUUUAUUGUUACAUUCCCCCCUUUAUAAUAUUGUAAAUUACUGCGGAAUAAGUUGGUGCUAUAUAAAUGACAAUAACAAAAAUUCAAAUAACUCAUGAGUACAAUGUGUGCAAAUAUGUGAGUUGAAGUUCAAGUAAUUUGGAAGGAAUUUGCUAUUUGAUGUCAAUUUUGAGUAAACUACAACAGAGUAUGUGAAAAUAUAUCACACAGUUCAAAAAUCAUGCAAAAUGGGAAUUGGUCACUAAUGACCUACAGGAUGUGAAUAGGGCUGAGUAUUAGGUGUACAUGCAUGUAUGUAUAGACAGACAUACAGACAAGGUGUGUCUAUAGUUACAGAGCUAUCUAUCAAUAAUUACAUUGCUAUGCUUUAAAGUUUCUUAUUUCAAAAAUCUGUGUGGCCUACGUGAUAUUUUGUUUCUCUGUGAAUAAUGGCAAUGUGGUUGAUACCUGGAAAGUCAUCAGUUAAUCAGUAGAAGCUCAGAUAUAAUAUUGCUUGACAUACUUGGUAUAUUUUGGUCAGGACAUUAUAAAACUCCAUAAUUUCUGUUUUCUGGAUGAUUGAGAACAGGCAUGAGUUCUCCUAAGAGAAGUAGAAAUGACAGAUGUUUUAAACAACUCCUGUUUCCUUUAAGCACAAUGCGGAAUGCUCACUUUCCUGUAUUUGGUUAACCUCUUAUGUGCCAGAGAUUUUUUGGUAACACAUCUGGCAGGCAACAGGUUAUUUAUUUUGAUACAUUCUCAGUAGACCAACAAUUACUGAUUGUGUCUAACACUUGGAGAAAUAAGCAAAAGGUUAUACACUGAGGACACUUUAUCACAUGUUGUUAUCUGAGCCACUAGUAUGAAUGAGAUUAGAUCGUCUGCAUACAAGGUUAGUGUUAGUUAUUAGGGCUGUGAGUGUAUUUUUAUCACUAUAAAAAGUAGAUCAUUAAAUAUAUUGGGUUACACUAUUGUUGUUCUUUUCUAUGUUUACAUCUCAUAUUAGACAUCAAUAACAGAACCAGAACCGAUUGCCCUCUCAUCUUACGUCUGACCGUUUGUCCAUCAAAGAGAAUAACAGAUUGACCUCCAAAACACACUAUCUCUAGAAAGUUUUACUUCACUACUAAAAAGACUUUUCUCUUUGAACAUAUACUGCACUUUGUAUUCAAGUUGUUAGAUGUAAAUCUUGUACAUCCACUUAUUUAUGUGAUACUCAUAUUUAUGUAUUUGUCGCAGUUUGUUUUCUACUACCACCAUUGGUUGUAGUUGACAUACAUUUUAGGGCAGGCCCAAGCUAACUGAGCUUUUUUGAUACAGCAAAUGACAUGCAAUCUUGUAUAAUUGUUUCCAAGAAUCAUCUGUGGUUACACAAUCAUUAAUUUCGCGCCUUCAUCCACAAAGUAACAAAUUGGCAUUCGCUGGCAAGCAUUUCUACUUAAAAAGUAAUCAACAAGCUAUAGCUGGCCACAUACAUGAACACAAAGCAAAAUAGUAUACUAUUUAUUUAUGUUGUUUAUAGAAAUCAGUCUGCAUUUUGCCUGCCCAUUUAACUAAAUGUACAGACACUGCUAAAUGCAUCUGGAGCUGACUUAAAGCAGUCCACUAAUCACUAUUAAACGCCAACCAGAUCCAUUUGUUGGCAAUAGGUCUCAGAAUAGACACUCUACUAGCUUUACUGUAUAUUCAGUGUGUGCUGGACUCUAUUGGAAGCUCCAAGACAGCAUAUCAGCAGAGUGUACAUAACAACGCAAUCACUAUCUGCCUUCUGCUAGAAAAAGAGACCUGCAAUGCUUCUCCCUCACCUGGGUUGCAGAGGUUAUUGUAUAGAGCAGAUGCCUAUGGAUUCCACCAUUCAAUAUUAAGGAUUGUGUUUUGAAGGUUAUUCAAAAGUACAGGUCUGCAGGACCCCAUAUAAAGGCUUGGUCUGUAUUGACAACAGGGGCAAGUGUAAUUUGUUUUUCAAGAUAAAGAAUUGGUCAGGGGAUAACCAUAAAAUAUGAAUAUGCAUUGAAACAGUGUCCAGUCCCCCUUGAAAUGUUUUUUUUCCAACACAUGCAAAACACUUUGGUGCUCCCCAAAAAUAAACAUAAUAUCUUUUCAGCUAAGUCACAAUUUCAAGAACUCAAGUUAUACUUUUGUCUUUUGCAUUAGAAUAGAUUUUUUUUUCUUUUUUUAAGUGUUCAAGAAUAUCCAUAAGAAACUCUCUAAAAAGUAAAGGCAACUAAUGACAUAAUUUUUAUUUUUUUUUAAAAGGAAAAUAAAUUAUAUUUGUCAGAGGAAAUAAUUUACCUAUAUAUAUUUUUUAACUUCAAUACAUCAGAGCUUUAGAUGAUGCAUGAAUACUAUAUUAGCCUUUUUAAUGAGCCAUAUGCUAUUUGCAUUUGCUGGUAAUCCCUUGAAUGGAGACAUGGUGGAAUGUGAUACAGUAUGUGACACAGUCCUUCAUUGCAGAUCUAGAGAUAGAAACCUAUGGUAUUAACUAUCUAACAUAAUGCAUUAUUACACAUUACAUUAGACAUACUUGUUCUCACCUCUAAAAAGUUUUAUUUAUAUUUCCAUAUAAGGUACAAUUGUGCCUGCCAGUAAAUCACAUAUAUAAAAACAUAACAUCAUGUUAUACAGUUUAUUGAAAUAUAAUGGGCAUAAAUUAUUUGCAAAAGAAAACAUAACCUUUCCACGUGACAGAUGUAAUGUGUUUCAUUACUUUUUUUGUAAGAAAGCCCUGACCCUUUUGCCCCCAAUCCACUACUCCAUCCAUUUAUUAAACACAAAGAAAACAUAAAAUACCUUACACUUAGUAUAUUCAACACAAAUACCUGCAUUAAAUAAUGCAAAAAAAAAUUAUAUAUAUAUAUAUAUUGGUGGAAAUUUUUUUUUUAAUGAUUUUAAAUGUAAAAUUAUUUAAAAUGUACAAGAUCCAAAGAUAAAAAAUAAAUGUUCUCUCUUUCACCCUUGAAGUAUAUGUUUCUUCUGUUUAUCUGUAUUAUUUCAUUUUUAAUUUUUUUUCUAUUUAUGUUGAGCUGCUUAGUGGUAUUUUACAAGGCAUGAGUUAUUGGCAAAAAGUUAAACAGUCACGCAGAAAAAAUGUCAACAUAAUAUGGCAGGGUGAUUAUACAAAUGCACAUAAAUGGGUUGAAGAUGAAUAUGAAGCAUUUAUUGAAAAUCUAAUUACUUCAAACUAACACUUUCAUGGUUAUUCCCUAAAGUAAGAAUUGCUGAAAAUUUAAAGUGGAUUCAAAUUGAUUUUAAACUUGAAGGAACACUCUGAGCACUAUAACUCCUACAUCAGAAUAAAGUUUUUAUGGUGAUAAGAAGUUCCUGGCCCUGGGUUAAACCCCAAGGCAUUGAACCCAUUUCUGUUUAGCUCCGCCCCUCUCCUUCCAUUUUGUCCAUGACUUGAGUCAGGAACCCUUGGAUAAGCCGUUUCUGAUUGGCCAAGAGCUUCAACUGGCUCUCUUGGCCAACAAGUUGCUUCUCAUCCCCAAAAUGGCUUGAAAAACAUACAUAUUUUUCAGGUGUUUUCAGGAUAAAUAACAGUGAAAGAGAUUUGUAUGCAAAUGAAAAAAAAAAAAUAUAUAUAUAUAUAUAUAUAUAUAUAUUCUGAACAGUUUCAAAGAAAGUUUGUUUUGGCAGGGUUCUUUCUAUCUAUUUUUCCUGGAUGUCAUACAUGUUUUAUUAGAAUUAAAUGUUUGUCUAGUGUACCUAUGGUACGACGUUGCAAAAUAUGUCGGCGCUAUAUCAAUAAUUGUAAUUGUAAAGAGGAAAUAACAUCAUACAAUUCCUGGAGGGGGGUUUGCAUUGCUAUGUGUAUUAUGUGUAAGUAGACAAUACUGUAGCCCAUGUGGAGUCGUAACCUUUUUAUGCAUUGUUUCAACAUAUUUGUUUCAUCCAUCAAUCUUUGAUUCAUGUAAAGUUUUAGCACUCCAUCUGGAAGUUGCUCCCAUUAAUCUCUUAAUGUCCUCAGGGAAGGGCAGUCCUUAAAGUUCACACUCCCCUGAGGUUUGGCCACAUGGAUAUUAUUUCUCCUGGCGGCUGAGGAAUGGCUUAUUCUAAGCACUUUAGUCAUGUUUUUUUACAAUAACCAACUCUUAAUCGCCAGCAGAAUAAUAUAUAGUAUGUCAUUAAAUACGUAUACUGACAGACGCAAAUAAAACUAGCAACACAAAUGUACAACAUGCACUAGAUUCAUUUAUUAUUAAGGAAGAAACAAGUUGAUAUCAAUACUAUAUUCUUAAUGAGACCUCUGUCUACCUCGAUAUUUUAGGGAUGUGUUGCUUUAAUAGUAAUUGCUGGGUGCUUACUUGUAUGAAGUGAGUAAGUAUACCAAGGACAAAAUAUUUACUUGUGAUGAAUAAUACAUAUGUAUGCAAUUAUUUACAGUAAUUUAAACACGUAAUAAUUCUAAUUGUACUUUAUGGAUUUAUUUACACUAAGCAUUCUGAGAUGAACACCACCAUCAUCAGGCAAGAGAGACAGAUGUCUCUAAGACUCAGAGGCGGACUAUAUAAGUGAGUUAUGUGGGGGGGCAUGUUUUGGUUGUAGCAUUACACGAUUACAACAUAUAUCUUCACAGGGUUCUCUUAAUUUGGCUAAUAAUAUUUAUAUAUUCCCUAGAUAAUAAACCUAUCCCCAUAUUUUGUAUAUAAUAACAAUAAAAAUGCUUAACUUAAAUCCAUGAAUGUUUUCAUUGUGGCUUUAUCUACUAAAUAGUUGAGUAUUCCUUUAACCAGUUCAUAUGAGUUCCUUUGCUUAGAUUCAUACUGGACCGUAAAGAGUAUGUUAGAAAGCUGAGUCUAAGCAUAUAAACUGAAGUCAGGCAGAAGACUGAAAUUGUAUUUUUGCAUGUUUGCACUUUUGUUGCCCUUUGUGCAUCAGUGAUCAAUUUAGACGGUGAUUACAUGGAGCAUUAGAGAUAAAAUAUGAUAAUGACAUGUACACUAUCAUGUUCUCUAUCUUUUCCAUGAUACGCACAAUUUUUUCCGCAUCAACAAAAUCCUUUAAAUCAGAUCAAAUGCAAAUUAGAUAGCUACACAUCAGAUCAUUUAUUUAAACAACUGGAGCAAAGAACAUGCUGUUAUUUAAAAAGGGUAAUGUAGAUACAGAAUGAUAAGACUUUUUAUUUUAAAGUCAGCAUUUAUCUCUAUUUUAAAUGGACACUAUAGUCACCAGACCCAAUACAGCGUAAUGUAGUGGUUCUGGUGUAUAUAGCCUGUCCUUGCAGUCUUAGCACUGAAAACAUUUCUGGCUAGUAACGCCUCUAGCGCCUGUCACUCAGAGGGCCACUAGAUGUGCUUGCUAUCUCGGUGCUGCCCAGGGUUCCUACAUUCUGUGUCUCCACACUGUGCAUUUUGCAGCGCAUGUGCAAUAGCCUCCCACUGCUUUCCUAAGGGAAGGCAUUGGACUGGCUGAGAUCAUCAACAUUGAUUAUCGCAGCCAUAAAGGUGAUGCCAAUGUGAGGUGAUGGAGAAGAGGUAAGUAAAACAAUCUUUUCAUUUCAUAGGGAAGUGGGACGGUUACCUAAAUAGCCACUCCAGCACUUCUGUGUCAGGAAUACAAUUCUGUAUUCUGUGUCAGGAAUAGUGUAAUCCUGACACUAUAGUGUUCCUUUAAGCCGCAUAUGUGUUCAAUUUGUUUCACCCAAUUUAAACAUGUGAUUUUGUUAAAUUCUGCAGGAGUCCUUUUACAAACUGUUAUCUUUUUAGUGUCAUCAAUCAAUUAUGCCUGGAAUAUGUUGAGAAUUUGAAUGAUGCAUGGUCACAAUUUUAUCACGGUUUUCUUUUCCACUCUAAUGAGCCGUAGACAAACAUUUUUGGAAAUACCCAGUAUAAUUUGCUUGUAACUACAUGCUUAAUACAGUGCAUGUGAACUCAUUAGUAAUUUACAUUCUUUAGUAAAUUACAUUCUUUAGACGAGGCAAUUGGAUACCAUAUAAAACAAUAGUUUAACUUUUUUUUAUUUAAUUGAUAAAGAGAAACCUAGUUUACUAAUAUUAUACAACCAAAGAAAAAAGUUACUUGUACACUAUCCCAAAUCCCUAUGCACAUUUAAAUAACUGGAAGUUUUUUUAGUAUCACUCCAGCAGUCAUUUAGGUGUAUGCUCACCUGCCAAGGCAAGGCAAAAAGGCGAGUCCAACUUUAACAAUUCACCUUGCUGAGUUCAGCUAAAAGGUAAAAUCUUAAUACAGUGCAUGUGAACUUAUUAAUCAUUUACAUUCUUUAAUAAAAUUACAUCCUUUAGAUGAGACAGAAUUGGAUAACAUAUAAAAUAAUAGUUUAACUUUUUUUUUAUGAAGACAGACCUAGUUCACUCAUAUUAUUUAAUCAAAUCUAGAUUUUAUGUUUUAAAACAGUGAAAAGUAUAAUCAUGAUAUCAUCAGUGAAAGUGCAGCUUUUAUGAAAAAAAAAAUAGCAAAAAACUAAUAUGAACCUAACUUUGCCCAUUGUUUAUGACUAAGUCCCUGCAAAAAAAAAAAAAAACCUGGACAACCUCCAUUUUGAAUACUUUUAGCUGUCUACCUUUGUAAAUGGUAUGCCAUGAUGGGGUUAAUUUUCAUUCAUGGAAGUCUCAUAGGCAACAUACUGGCCAAACUGGCAAAGUUCAAUGUGUAAAAAACCCAGCCACUAUAUUUGACCCUAUAACUUUCCAAAACACCAUAAAGCCUGUACAUGGGGAGCAUCAUUGUACUUGUGGGAAAUCACAGCAUACAAACAUAUAAUAUAAAUGUGCAUGUACUUAAAUAUGAAAGAGGUAAAUUAUGGUUCAGAACUUGUAUAAUUGCCUCCAUCCUUAAGGGUUUAAUUACUGUUUUUGUUGAUAAGAUAAGCCAGCAUUAAACCCUUUGAGUACCAGAGAUGUUCUGAAUUUUGUGGUGGCUAGUUGUAUUCCUAAAAAAUAUGUUUAGUUUUAUACAGAAGACAGAUCAAAAUUCAGAUAGGCAAAAUUCAGAUGCCUUAUCAAACAUUGCAGGGUUAAAUAACAUGCUAAAGCACAGGCCAAGCACAACAGUUUACAUGAAACUACAUCUAUGUUUCUUGUUAGUUGCCUUACCAUGUCCAGUGAUAUUUGGCAGUUGGAUACCUGGGUGAGAUUUAUCAAUGCUGUAAUCUAAAAAGUGGUCCAUAAUAGUAAAAGCUGUGAAAUCACCAUGGAAACCAUUGCAGCUGGCAGCUGAAUCCUCCCCUUGUACAUCUUUGCACCACUUUUUAGAAUGAGAGAUAGAGCUGAGGUGCAUUGUAUCUGGUCUUUAUUCAAAACCUAAAGUGUCAUUAAAGGUUACACUUUAGGUUAAUAAAGCAGUUUUGUAAACACCAUGCCCCUGCCAUCUCACUGCUCAAUUCUCUGGAGUUAAAUCACUUUGUUUAUGCAGCCCAAACCACACCUCCCUGAAUGUGACUUGCUCAAUUUCCUAAACACUUUUCGUAAAGAGACAUCUAAUGUUUAUACUUCCUUUAUUACAAAGGCUGUUUAAUUUCGAAUUUCUUAUCUCCUGCUCUUUUAAAAGCCUUCUAGAGCCUACAGAAGCAUGUGUGUGAUUAGAACUCAAUUUUCAUAGUAGGAGAUUUAAACUUCCAAAGUAAGUUAACAUUUGAUUUGAAAUCAAACCACUUAUUUUCAUGUGGACUGUGUUAGUCACAGCUAGGGGAAGUGUUGGUAGGGCUGCCUAGACAGAGACACAGUGAUUUAGCUCCUAAAUGGCACAGUAUUUAGCAGUGAAACUGCAGGGGCAUGACCUAUACACCAAAAUUGCUUAAUUAAGCUAAAGCUGUUUUGAUGCAUAUUGUAUCCCUCUAAGUAUAAUAUUCCCAUUAUUCUAAUGUAACAGGGAAGUUGUAUUUGAAUUGGUAUCAGUGUCUAAAAGUUACGUAAUUACAUGGGCUGAAAGAAAACUUGUGCCCAUCAAGUGCAGCCUUUCUUACAUUUGUUUUUACUGAAGAAGAAGUAAAAAAAAAAAAACGCAAAAAAACAGUGUGAAAUGCUUUCAAAUUUGCAACAAACUAGGAAAAAAAAUCCUUCUUACCCCAGAUUGGUAGUCAAAUUUCUCCUUGGAUCCAGAUACCGAAUUGAGUUCCACAGAGCACUUCACCAAAAGUGGAAGGUACUGCUCUUGCUUUAUAAAACAGAGUUUGAUAAUAAUUCAAAUACGUUUAAUUGUCGCUUUGCUUACGUUCGCAGACAAUUUACGUAAGAUAAAACAAGUGAAGCACUACAGUGUCCAGAGCACUCUGCCGUAUUCAAGGGAUUUAGAACAUAUCUCGAUAUAUAUACAAAAAGUUAUUAAAGUAUGCACUUAGUGUAAGCAUGAAGCAUAUAUAAAAAUACACUUUAAUUCUUGGGUGAAUUAGUGGAGAUAGUAUCGUGAAACUCAUAAGAGGUGCCCUGUAAACACCAUAUUUGAAGAUCAGAACGGUAGAAGUAAGCACAAAGAGAACUCCUACAUAAUAUAUUUUAUUGAAUAAAUACAAUCAACCAACAGGGUAACUGAUUUACUUCCUGUUGCCAAUGUGAUAAAAUCAAAGUCAGAAGCUGCUGGAAUUCAAGAGAAUUAAUGAUGUGCCUGGAUAAAAUGUGUGCAGGAGCCUUAUUCACUUAUAUUGGCAGGGAAAAGCAAGUGUUAUAGAAAGCAUUGGAAAGAUGGUAUAGAUUUCUGAUCAUCGAACUCUUCCUGAAGGAGUGUAGAUAAUGACUGAGGUCUACUAUUAACACUUAAAUUAAACAUAGAAACAUAGAAUGUGACGGCAGAUAAGAACCAUUCAGCCCAUUAUUAUAAUAUAUAAGCUUCUCCAGUGUCAAUGAUAUUCAUUGACAAAAUUUUGUCAAAAUAAAAAUGGAGCAAGGGCAUAUUUUAGGGACCAUUAUAGACAUCCAGACGGCUUCAUCUUAAUGAACUGGUAUGGGCGCAGUUUCCCUGUAGUUUUAGUCAUGUAAAACAUUGCUGUUUAGUAGAUAUGGCACUGUCUUGAUUGCAGGUCUAAACACACCUCUAAUGGCUGUCUUCCUGAGAGCAACUAGAGGUGUUUUCGCUCACAAGUCACUUCCUCUGAUGCUUCUCAUAGAGAGCAUUCAAUUAGAUGAGGGUGGCGCUCACUGUGCAUGCGCUUCUUGUUCCAAAUGCUUCUCUAUGAGAACCAUUGGAUUGGAAGAGGAAGAGGAGUCAGUGUGAUGUCGCAGGAGGCGGAUUGGGCAGCUUUAGCGAUGUCUUGGCACUGGAAGCAAAGUAAGAAAAAUAUAUUUUAAUAGCUUUUUCGUCUUGUAAUGGGGUGGACAGUAGCUAUUGUAAUAACUUAGUCCCCCUGUAAAAUAAAUAUUAUUUUUGGAACUAUAGGUUCCCUAUCAAGGACAUGUGAGUGAUAUGUGUGGGUGCUAAGGAAUGUGAAUUGGUAGCAUUGAAUAUGCACACAAAAUCCUCAUGUAGGUCUUUGAAACAUUAUUCCUCUUUCAACAGGGGACUGUGUGAGAACUAUUUUAUACUUGCCUGUAUAUUCACUUUAUAUAAUUAACAGUUUCCAGAGUAAUAGAUUUUUUUAAGUAUUUCAAGUAAACCCUACAAUAAAGAGGAGUUAUUUUUUUACCUUCUUUCUAGCAAACACGAGAGUGGCCAAGAUAUUCAUCAAAUUCAUUGUUUUUAGAAGUUAACACAACUACAGCCUGUAUAACACCAACAAUCACCAAAAAAAUAAAAAUGUAAAAAGUAAGUGUAUAACCAAAUGUUGUGCUCUUUUAUUUAGAUGUAUUUAAAGACACACUGAUACUUUAGUUCUUCACCAAGCUACUUGCCUGUGAGUGUCAUAUUACAAUUAUUGAAAUAUGUAACUUGCAGAGGUCCAAGAAGCUAAUAAACCCCAAUAGCCUAAUUGUUGAACAUAAAAUAAGGAAUAAAUAGAGAGGCAGAGGUGGCAACGCAGACUGCAAAUUAGAAGGGAAAUCAGUAUCAUAUUUAGCAUUUACCAAACAUUAGUGAGUCCAUUGUCAAUAUUCUCUUGUAAGUUGGGGACAAGCGAUGGAACUAAUUCAAAAGUGAAUUUGACAUUUGUCUGACAGGUAGGGGGCGAAUUGUUUGACAUGCAAGGAGCAUUAAAUCAAGUGAAAAAACAUUAAUGUGUAGCCAAUCAAAAAAAAUAGAAUCUGUUUUAUAGUCACACCAACCAUCAUCAUGUGUGCCAAUGGAUUAGUGAGGAAUUAUUAGACGAGUAAAACUGUAACACAUACACAUAGCCUGUACCCUGGACAAAAGAUCAAAUAUGCCUGGAUUUAAGCACCUUCAACCAACCUUGCCUGGUGUGUGCUUGUCUGGUGUAUCAAUCCAUCCAUCGCCUAUUUGUCUGUUACUUAGGAUAUUGUAGAAAUCUGAACACUAGGUAAAAAGCCACUGUCAUUAUUCAACAAAUUAAAGGAAGGAGUAAUAAUACAUAAUAACACCCUAAAAUGUAACAGUGUAAAUAACAAUGUUUAAAACUAAAAGCUCAAAAAAGAGAAGCUCUUUUAACUAGAUACCACAUAAUUACUAACAAAUGUAUAGUUGUAGAAAAAGCAUUUUUUAAAUAAAAAAAUAUUCAAAUCUGCAGUUCUUUUACCCUCUCGAUGAUGUAUUGCCAGUUUAGAUAGUAGAACAUUGAUUAUUGUUUUAUUCUAAAAGAGCAUGACUGCCAAUCUUCCAGUUACACUUUAAAUACUCAGUUCUUGUGUCAUUUUGUUUCCAUUCUGCUGGAUAAGAUCUAUAACGUGCAUGCCAUAUGAACUCAAAUUCAUAAAAUAUGCUACAAUAUGGAAUAUAUUUAUUUUAUUUUGAAAAUUGUCUGGAGAGGAAUGAAACAGCAACUCAAAUAAUGACAUUUCAUGUAUUUGUAUAUCCCUGUUAUAUAUCUUACAGUCAUAACGAGAAUUGGCCGGAUCAUGUUGUAAUUUGUGCAUUGCUUGAUGAGCUCAGUUGAUAAUCAGUGGAGACACUAAAUAGUUGGGAACGUAAACACUUUUUUUAUAUGUAUAUGUUUUAUAGCUAUAUUGUAUAAAUAGCAUUAUAUAAUUCAGCUUUUUUUUACAUGAAUUGAACUUUACUUUUUUCUUAAUGAUUUUUUUUAACUUAUAUCUCUCAUAGUAGCACUUUUUUUCUGAAGCAAUCAUUCUAACAUUUUUAUUUGUGGUGUAACUUGAAAAAAGGAGAGUAUUCCGCCAGCUCGUUCAAUUUGGGAAAAAAAAUACAAAAACAAAAUCCUAACCAGAAAUAUUCUCUUCCUAUUCUGUAAUAUUUGCAAUUCUAAGAAAAAAGAAAGCGGGCAUUAUGCAUCAAGAACAAUUCUGAGACAAAGUUAUAAAGUGGAGCUACCACUCUAGAAAACAAUGCCGUGCUCCUGUCUAUUGUUUUACUUUUAGAACUUUGCCCAAGAACUGUUCUUGGAAAAAAAAAACAUAAUCACCACAGCACACUGGCACCCUCCAAUAUAAAGAAUCAAUUUGUUUGCUAACAGUUUGACUUCUUACCUGGAGUCCACUGGUCUGUGCCUCUCUGCGUCUGGAAGCUUUCUGCCUUAGAUAAGCUAGGUUGUCCAGGGCUUAGCUCAUUGAUUGAGCAUGAUCAGCUGAAGCUCCCAGUCAAUGAGCUGACUAGGCACUUUAUGGGUUAGCUCAGGAGAGCUAACAGAAGCUCCUAGCUGGAGAUUCAGCUUAGCCAUUAAAAGUCAAACUUUUAAUAAAUUAAAUGAAUCUCCUUUAGGACCUUCUGUGGAUCUCCAAAGCUGGAUCAUCAGGGAUCCAAGUAACCAUUAAUGACAUUUUCAAUUCAGGCAGAUUGUAAUGAAUUUGUAUGUGGAUCUGUUUUACACUGAUCCACACACUCUGCAAAAUUCGCAAAUUGUGAUGUUUCCUUUGGCUUACUAUGUGGUACUGUUUUACUGUUUGAAAUCAAUUUGUUUACUGCCAAACCAUGGCAUAUGUCACAUUAACAUCCAUCUUAUUGUCUUGUUUCUUCAGUGCAUCCAAACGUCAGCCAGGGUUGCCAAGGAGGGUGUGCUACAUGUUCUGACUACAAUGGCUGUUUGUCAUGUAAACCUCGACUAUUUUUUGCUCUGGUGAGGAAUGGCAUGAAGCAAGUUGGGGUUUGCCUGCCCUCUUGUCCAAGUGGAUACUUUGGAAUGAGAUCUCCAGAAAUAAAUAAAUGUACAAGUAAGUGGUAUCAAUUUGCCUUCUGUGUGUCUAUCUAAAUGUUGAUGUAUCUACAUGGUAGAGCAUUUGCUGUCCUUAUACAUAUUAGUAUAUUACAGUUCUUUAAAUUAAGCAUUAUGCACAAUUAAUGAAAACUAUGAAGAGUGGUUUCAAAUCUUUGUUAAAGCAUGUUUUCUAGUACUCCAUUUACAAAUUUACAUAAUAUACACAAGCCCAGUCAGAGAUUGAUUAUUGAUACUUAUCUCUAUAGAUAAAGAUUAUUCAUAAAUUAUUUUUCAUUUACAACCAAUCUGUUAAUAUUAAAUGGUUAAUUAACCUCUUAACUAUUACAAAUUACAAUCAAUUUUACAACAAAGACCUUAGAUGAUGAUAUUAAACUGCAUUGUGAGUCUUCACAAUGGACAACAUUUUCCAACCAAAAGCUUAAUGAAAAACGGAUUAAAGGACAUUUCUUUCAGACUUAUACAUUUUUUGGAGAUUUCAUAAAGAUCUCUGUCAAGGUGCCAUUGGCUUGCAAAAUAGUACUUUCAGCAUUUAUUUAUAGAGAUAAUAGAUGUAGGUUGUGCCGAUAUAAAGUCCAAUAAGUCCACAAAGUGGUGGAAUAUGUUCUUAGUUGGUAGUCGUCCAGACUUCAAAUAGUGGAAGUAUAUGGAAUAAAAUAGAAUAUAACCAGUGAUGGUGCAGAGCAUUAGGAACUGGGUGCAGGGCACACAACAGAAAAGUAUAUGGUAUAUCACUCACAUUUGAGAAAGCCAUAAAACCAGCUCUAAGUAUAACAGCAUGCAGCGAUACAAUCCCCACUGAAGGAUAUGUAGAUUUGGGGCUUGGUCUCUCAAUGUAUAGAUCGAUAUUUAAAAGAAAGUAAUGGCAAAUAAUAGUACUCACUGUAAAAAGAUGAAGCAAUAAUUAUGAAAAUUAAAGUAUUCUAUACACAUUUAGUAGAGCACUAGAUCCUGCUCAGAUGUUAGGGCUUGGGUGGUAUAAUCCCCACCAAGGAUAGUAUUGGGUAGAUCUUCCAAGGAGGAGUACUCUCUAGGGUAUUCAUAUCAGGUAAGUAUGUUCAAUAUUGAUGUGCCAGGAACAAAUAAAAGAUAAAAAAAAUAACCUAAAAACAAAAGCAGCUAAUAGCAUAAAAAGUGUAAAAAAAUAGACAAACACAAAGUAGAGUGAAAGUCAAAUUUACUUUAAUGCUUAAAAACAAUGGUUUAAAACAACAUACCGCAUUUCGGCAACUGAGGGGCUUUUUUAAGUGAUUUGUCAGAGCACCAGUGAGCGGAACGUGAAUACUGAGGCUGUUUGAGCCCAUUUUUUGAAUGCACUCUCAGCUGUGACAUUUUGUUAAAGUAAGGGGAGAGUUUCCAUUAAUAUAUGGCGUUUCUGUCAGUCUAAUGUUCUGCUUUUAGAUAGGAUUAACCAAAGAAUGCAUUAGAGGUAACAUGUAGAAUUGAAGGAUAUGACUUUCUAUUUUAUAUUUUUAGAAUGUAAAGCUGAUUGCGAAACAUGUUUCCACAAAAAUUUCUGCACAAAAUGCAAGGGUGGAUUUUACUUACACAGUGGAAAAUGCCUUGAAACAUGUCCAGAAGGCUUUGAAAAUAACAACCACAGCAUGGAGUGCAGUAACAUAGGUGAGUGUUCUUAUAUCUAUCCAUAUGAUAAGGAGAUCUAUGAUUUCUUUUUCUCUUUUUUUACUACAGUCAUUAUUUUGCAUGAUUCUUUUGUGUUGUCUUGUAUUCUUUGAUACCUACCAGUUUCUUUUGUUUGAAAAACAAAUAGUGAAUGAUGUAAACCCUAUAUGGAGUAGACAAAUGAGUUGGAAAUGUGAGAGAAGACAUAAACAGGGGAGUCAAAUAUAUCACAGCAGAUUUUAAAAUAAAUCUGAAAAAAUUAUAAUAUUAAUACAGAGAGGUAUAGAAAAAAAUAUUCUUGAGAAAAAAGUAGGAUUUUUUUUGUCAUUAGAGGUGACUUGUGACUUGGAAAAAGAACAGUUUUCAUGAUAUAUGUAAUAAUAGAUUUAUAGCAGCCUGAAGUUCAUUACACUUUGGAUAUUUUGGUUUCUUGAUCGGACUUUCUAGUUCCUCUUCUUGUUAUAAAGAAAACAAGAUACAGUCAGAACGAGUAGGGCAGAUGCAUGCUGGGACGUAAUAUGCUCAAAAGAGACAGGACGUUUUAAGUUCAAUUUACUUUAAGUGUAUAUUGCUGGCUUUUAAAUUCUUGUUGUUUUUGUUUUGUUUUGGGUUUGUUUUUUGUUUUUUUGCUCUAAUAGCAAAGAACAUAUAAUGUUUUGCACUGCAGUACUACACAUAGCAAAUUAACAUCACUUGCCAGUUACAUAAUGAGAGUAUAUUCAUUCUAGUUCUUCUUAAGACUCUUUCAAGUCCUUUCCAUUUGCUGGCCUUCCUUGUCAUUCCUCUGCUUCUUGUGUGGGUACUGACUUUCUUUCUGUUUUUCUCAUCUUCCUAAUUUCCAUCUUAUUGUUAUCCAAAGUUCUCUGUCCUUUUGCCAUAUCUCCUGUCACUUCUUUUUCUGAGGAUCCUGUCAUGCCAGCCGCAGAGGUUACAGCUUCUGUAGAGCUGCAGAAGCUGUUCCAAUAGCCAAUCAUGGCUGAAAGCAGCAGCCGGAACUCUUGUUUGAGCAGUUGAUGGGGCAAGAAUCAGGAAGCACUAUAGGAAGACUAUAUAUCCCAAUGCAUGGUGUACACUUUGCAUUACUUGAUUCCCGCAUCCUAUAAUCCUAUAUUAGUGAUCAUGUGCUGUGUACAGUCUGCCCCUCAUGUUGGCUAAAUUCAGAUAUGGGGGAACAGUGUAUGAUUAUACCAAUGCUGUGGUAGCAAUUAAUUUUUCUGAAGCUGUCUCUCUCUUUUCAUAAUGUUGCACUGGGAAAAAAAAGAUUUAAGAAAACUUGGUGAUUAUUGUAUAUUCUAAAAUACUGAAGUGUAGCAAUAAUUGACAAAUAGAUUAAAAUAUUUAGGUGACUGUGAAGCUAAUCUUGAUUUUCAUUCUAACAGUGCACUGUAUCGUCAGUGAGUGGGGUCCUUGGGGUCCUUGUACAAAGAAGGGUAAGACUUGUGACUUCAAAAGAGGAAAUGAAACCAGAGUUCGGGAGAUUGUGCAGCAACCUUCAGCAAGGGGUACACUGUGUCCACCAACAACUGAGACAAGGAAAUGCAUAGUGAAGAAAAAGAAGUGUCCAGACAGGAAAAGGUAAUGUCCAUUAUCAUGUAACUUCAAUGACUCUAUAUUAUGUAUUAUUUACAAAAACAAAUGAGUUCUUCCCUGAGAAACACAUCCCAUCCAUUCAGCGGCAUAACUAGAAACCACGGGGCCCCAGUUCCAAAAUUGCCCUGGGGCCCCUCUCCCAUACGUCUAUCCCCCUGCCACCCCCCAUACGUCUACGUUCUCAUAUGUUCCAUAUGUAUUUGCAGUGGUUACCAAACAAUUAUGGUUUGGUAAAGCAAAUAAAUCAUUUUUUUGUCCACCUUGUGACCAUACCAAUUCUUAUAAAGCCAUGUAAUAUUUCAUAUAAAUGAAUGAAUUACAGCAGCAUGGAUUUUAUUUAGACAUAUUAAGCAAAUACAUAUAACAAGAAAUCAUUCUAAAAUACAUGUUUUAUUUGCAAAAUCACAUAAAUAAAACAGAUAUGAAGAGUCAAACUAGCAACUAGAUUAUUAUUAUUUAUUAUUUAUAAAAUAUUUUACCAGGAAAGAUCUCCCGAACAUUGAGAUUUCUCUCAUUUUCAAGUAUGUACUGGGUCCACAAAACAUUGCAUUGAUACUAUAGGGUACAAUAAAAUACAAAAACAAUAUUAAUACACAAUAUAUAUAAAGCGUAACUAGCUAUCUUAGUGUAUGCUGCAUGUACCCUCUACUAGCUGUCAAAUUUCUAGUUGUUAUUUUUGGGGGUGAGCCAGUGACAUCACUGACUUUUGAGCAGGUUAAAGAAUAACGUUAACCAGACCAGGCAUCAAUUCUACAUAUAUUUAGUUAUCAUGUAAACUAUACUCAGUCAGAGAGCUCUAACUACUACAGGGAGUGCAGAAUUAUUAGGCAAAUGAGUAUUUUGACCACAUCAUCCUCUUUAUGCAUGUUGUCCUACUCCAAGCUGUAUAGGCUCGAAAGCCUACUACCAAUUAAGCAUAUUAGGUGAUGUGCAUCUCUGUAAUGAGAAGGGGUGUGGUCUAAUGACAUCAACACCCUAUAUCAGGUGUGCAUAAUUAUUAGGCAACUUCCUUUCCUUUGGCAAAGUGGGUCAAAAGAAGGACUUGACAGGCUCAGAAAAGUCAAAAAUAGUGAGAUAUCUUGCAGAGGGAUGCAGCACUCUUAAAAUUGCAAAGCUUCUGAAGCGUGAUCAUCGAACAAUCAAGCGUUUCAUUCAAAAUAGUCAACAGGGUCGCAAGAAGCGUGUGGAAAAACCAAGAUGCAAAAUAACUGCCCAUGAACUGAGAAAAGUCAAGCGUGCAGCUGCCACGAUACCACUUGCCACCAGUUUGGCCAUAUUUCAGAGCUGCAACAUCACUGGAGUGCCCAAAAGCACAAGGUGUGCAAUACUCAGAGACAUGGCCAAGGUAAGAAAGGCUGAAAGGCGACCACCACUGAACAAGACACACAAGCUGAAACGUCAAGACUGGGCCAAGAAAUAUCUCAAGACUGAUUUUUCUAAGGUUUUAUGGACUGAUGAAAUGAGUGAGUCUUGAUGGGCCAGAUGGAUGGGCCCGUGGCUGGAUUGGUAAAGGGCAGAGAGCUCCAGUCCGACUCAGACGCCAGCAAGGUGGAGGUGGAGUACUGGUUUGGGCUGGUAUCAUCAAAGAUGAGCUUGUGGGGCCUUUUCGGGUUGAGGAUGGAGUCAAGCUCAACUCCCAGUCCUACUGCCAGUUAUUGGAAGACACCUUCUUCAAGCAGUGGUACAGGAAUAAGUCUGCAUCCUUCAAGAAAAACAUGAUUUUCAUGCAGGACAAUGCUCCAUCACACGCGUCCAAGUACUCCACAGCGUGGCUGGCAAGAAAGGGUAUAAAAGAAGAAAAUCUAAUGACAUGGCCUCCUUGUUCACCUGAUCUGAACCCCAUUGAGAACCUGUGGUCCAUCAUCAAAUGUGAGAUUUACAAGGAGGGAAAACAGUACACCUCUCUGAACAGUGUCUGGGAGGCUGUGGUUGCUGCUGCACGCAAUGUUGAUGGUGAACAGAUCAAAACACUGACAGAAUCCAUGGAUGGCAGGCUUUUGAGUGUCCUUGCAAAGAAAGGUGGCUAUAUUGGUCACUGAUUUGUUUUUGUUUUGUUUUUGAAUGUCAGAAAUGUAUAUUUGUGAAUGUUGAGAUGUUAUAUUGGUUUCACUGGUAAUAAUAAAUAAUUGAAAUGGGUAUAUAUUUGUUUUUUGUUAAGUUGCCUAAUAAUUAUGCACAGUAAUAGUCACCUGCACACACAGAUAUCCCCCUAACAUAGCUAAAACUAAAAACAAACUAAAAACUACUUCCAAAAAUAUUCAGCUUUGAUAUUAAUGAGUUUUUUGGGUUCAUUGAGAACAUGGUUGUUGUUCAAUAAUAAAAUUAAUCCUCAAAAAUACAACUUGCCUAAUAAUUCUGCACUCCCUGUAGUCCAUAAAGGAAAAUAAAACUAUUAGAUCAAUGAAACAAUGUGCCAAUAUAAUCAAUACAGCAGUGAGUUGCAAUAGUCAUCUUAUUUGUAAAUUAAAUUCUUGCAGACGAAGAGCGAAAUGUGUAGGGGGCCGUCUGUUGUCAUGCACGGACAGUGAACCAUCAUAUGACGAAAGUUUUACACAAUUGUAGAAUAUGUUCUAACAUAAUUAAGGAUAAAUUCUAUAACGUUAUUUUGUAAUCUUUGGUUGAAUAACUAGACACAGUCCUAGAGAAAUGGAAAGAAAAAAAAAUGUGAUUUCUAAGAAUAAGAAAUGAUGUAAACUUUGUGGAUUAUUCAGUAAAUUUAUCAGCACUUGUUUGUGUAGAGACAAUCAACAUGCCUGAAUUAGAAUUGACACGAUUCCCCAGAAUGAAGUUGCUCAGUCCUAAUAUACUCCCCUGUCAGAAAAACUGAUUGUUAUAUUAGUGAAUAUGUGUGGUUCAGCUGGUGGGAGAGGAGCAUUUACAUGCAAUGUUUGUGAAAGUUCUGGGCAGGAGGAUUUGAUAAGUAUGCAGUUGGCUUGUACUCACUGUGUUUUAUCAUACUUUGAUUGCAGUUCAAAAAUAUGUAGAGGAAAAAAUUCCCCAAACCAUGCAUCAAGAUUAGAGUAAAUGUUACUUUAGUUGGAGAUAAUGUAAUAUAAUACCGAGAGGCUUAAAAUAUUAAGUGUUAAAUUCUCUUCUCAUCCACCCACUCACACUCAUCACAGAUUCGUUCUGAUGUAACACAGAAAGGCAGCAGACUUGCUAUGAAAUCUAAUGAUGUGCUCAAUGAAAAUCUUGACUUAAUCCACUUUAUGCUUCAAUAAUUUAUCCUGUCAAUGUAGAGUCCCAACUCUGUUUUAGAACUUCGACAUUUUGGUAAGAAAUGUAUUGUGAGGUUUCCGAAACUGCAUCUACAAAGCAGAAUAGAGAAUAGUUUUUUUAUAUUUUUAUACUUCUUUUUCCAAGAAUAAAGAGGGAACUAUGUUAAAUUGUUAACCAUAUCCAUAUGGUGUUACUUAAAAAAGCAGUAAAUGUUUGAAGCACACAUAUAAGUAAAGAUGCAAUGCAUUUACUCACCCAAAGUGGUAUUAAAGGGUACUCUAAGCAACUUAACCACAACAGCUUAAAUUAGUGCACAAGUGUAAAAUUUGCAUUAUCAGUGUGAGUGAUAAGAGCAUGGUCUGUGUGUUGGGGACAACCCCAGUUCCUUCCUAAUAGUUCAGCAUGAAGCCAAUACAUCGUAUCCAGAGACAUAAGUCUCUAUUGAAAGAGAGAGUCUAAGCUCCAUAACCAAUAUGGUGAGAUUGUGGCAUCAUCCCAUGAUUAGCAAUCAAACUGUUUUUAAUUAGUUUGUCACUUACAUGGGUCCCAGGAUCUGGCUCCCUCUUUAGAUAUAGCUAAAUCAGUUCUCCUCUCACAUUACAAAUAUAAGUGAAUCAAAUCAGAAUUGUGCACUGUGGUACAGUGUUUUAUUUGUAAAGAUAUUUGUAGAAAUUCAGGCUCAUUAAUGGUUCUAUUCUUACAUAAUUAGCUGUGCAUUCAAUAAAACAUUAUUUAAAUAAAACGUAUCAAAUCAAUUCAAUGUGUUAAAACAUUAACAGAUCUGCUGAACACUAGAAAACUCUCAGCCAUACCUGGGAAUAACUAGAAAUCUUAUACCGGGGGAAGGGACAGAGACGUCUACGGUAAAUGGGAUAGCUCAGUCGAUGGAAUUAGAUGGAUAAAUUGGGUCCUCAAACUCCGGCCCCCCAGAUGUUGCUGAACUACAACUCCCAUGAUUCUUUGAAUUACAUAGAUAGCCAGAGAAUCAUGGGAGUUGUAGUUCAGCAACAUCUGGGGGGCCGGAGUUUGAGGACCCAUAAUGUAGACCAUAACACACUAGUGAAAGAGAUAAACACUCAACCUUUACUUACUCUAUACACGCAAUGUAGCUAAUUCUCACAGACAUAUUUACUAGGAAGGUGCACACAGCACCUCUGGAGGCAACUUGUCCUAUGGACAUUUUGGUGAUCGUAGAUAUCACAGGUGUUACUCGGCACAGGGUGCUGUUCCACCUGGAGAAAACAGACUAUCAUCAUUUAAAAUAUUGAUGCAAACAUGUCCAUCACAAAUGUUUAUCAAGUGAAGAGUAACAAAAGGUGGAAUGCUACCAUCUUGAUAAACAGGAGUAACUAUAAAAAUGUAAAUUUUUUACAAACAUUAUAAAUAUAUAAUUUAUCAUAGUAGAUCAAAUGUAAGCACAUUUUCAGUGAAGUGCUAUCUAUAAAGUGUUACAGUUUCAACAUAUCCCAUAUUUGUGCUCUACAAUUAAUAAGCAAGAAAAAGACAAUAUGCAAGUAAAUGUUCGAUGCACAGGAGCGAUUGGUGAUAAGGGCCCUUAAAAAAAAUAGAUAUAAAUAAAUAUUAGAGAGAAAUAUCAAAUAAAAUAUAUGAAUUUAUAGAUGUGGGAUGCUACAGCUGCUGUUACUUAAUAUUUAAGAGAAGGAAGUAUAGGAGUAGUGAGACUAAAACAUUGGAAAAGUUGAAAACACUUUGUGAUAAGAACGAAACUUCUCGAGUAAAAAACAAAACAUACUUUUUGUCAAAAUCAAUUUUUCUAUGAAUUGCGACUCAUUGUAGUGUUUUUUUUUUUGUUUGUUUGUAUUUUGCAUUUUAUUACAAGAGUACUCCUUACGGAUGAGAUUUAAUUCAAAUAUUUGCUUUUUUAGAUUAAAAAAAUGCAGACUUGAUAACCUGGAGUUGCCCUUAAGCAAAACAAUCUUUAAUUAUACCUUAAAUGUAGCCAGCGCUAUGCCUGCUUCAGAAUAUGACUCUCAUGUGGUCUUUAAAUAUAUUGCACGUGUCACAGGAAAUACUUAUUAUAAUAAAAUCAUCAUACUUCUGCCUCGGAAUACAUAAAAUACAAACAUCAUUUCACUUUAAAAAUCAAAAUGUUUAUUUUACAAAAUCAACAGGAAAAUUAGUGCCUAAUCUCACAGUUUAUUCGUGAUGGAAAUAAAUGAGUUCUGGUAUAUUUCCACUUACUUUAUCAAAAAUGACAGCGUAAACAAACCGCAAGCAGUGUCAAACACUCGUAAGAGUAGAAGUAUUUAAAGGUACAACUGGCUCUUAUGGGUACCAUCAUAGUCACGUGACAUUUCAACAAGGUAUACAAACAAAUUAGAAUAGUGAUUGUUCUUGUGCAUAUAAUACACAUGGUUCAGAGAAAGAGGACAAGUUAAUCAGUCAAAAAAAUAAACAUAUCAUCCUAUGUGGUGUAUCGGACACUAAUCAGGCCCAGGAUAACAUUGAAGGCAGGAGACAGUAGAUGUCAGUAACACAGCUGAGCGGAGUGUGUUUUGUGUGUUAAAGACACCAGUGUGGUUAAUGACCUUACUGUGUGAUUGUUCCCCGGGCCUCUUGGACUCUAAAAUUAACUUAAAACUAAUUACCAUUUCCUGCUGUUUAUGUUUUGCAUAUACUACAAGGUCAGAAGUGAGCAUUUAAGAGACCUCUUUAUGCGAUCAUGUCGCCUCUUGUGCUUUUGUCAUUCGUUUGUUUGUUUGUUUUUUCUUUUAUUGCUUAUGCAUAUUGUGACGUGUCUUUACAAGUAGAAAACAAUGAGGAGUUGUUUACAUGUUGACAUUCAAGAAUGCUUUAAAGCAAUUUAAAACAAAUAUGUUGGAUCUAAAGAGGAGCUUCAAAGGAGUCAAAAAUACCAAGGAUGGGGUCAUGUGUCUAACCCCUAUUUGCAUAAUUUAAUGCCAUAUGAUGUUAAAUUAAAAGUAAGAUAAUUAGGCAAUGUAUAAUAUAUAUAUAUAAAUUUAAUGUAGCAAAAGAAUUUCCCUGAUGGAUCACUCAUUACCCUUGUCCUCCCAGAUUAUGCCAUUUUCAAAAACAAUUGCACAUGACUCAAUGCAACAUGGGUUGUCAAAUGCAAUAUUCAGUAUGAAGACAUUAGACCACCAACAGGCAGAGAUUUACAGAUAUCCCUGCUUGAGUACAAAUGAGUCAAUCAGAACCACAACCAAUCUUCCCUUCCCUCCUUAGCUCAAACAUGGAUUUGCUGGCUUAUUGUAGAAAGGACGGGAUAACCUAUGAUUAAGCUCCAGUUAACAUUUGACUUUAGUUGAUAUGUCAACAUUAAGUAAUCAAUUACAAUUACAUUUACAGGGAUUUUUACAAGAAUGUAGCUUGCUGGAUGCACCAUAUUAUGUUCACUUUUGUAAACAAACUAUUAAUUAUAGCAAGAAUCUAUUGAAUUUCAUUCAAUUGAACUUGGGUGGGAGGAAGAGUGAUUAUACUAGGCAUUGAGUAUAUUUUCCUAUAUAAAAAGGUUCUGGGGACUAGGAGGAAGUUAUUAGGGGAAGAAAUGUGCCCUAUAAUAAAGUCAUUAGGAGAAGAAAAUCAAUGCCCUGUAAUAGAUUUUUGCUCUAGUGGUAUUCUCUCCAGUAUAUUGUGGACCAUUUUGCACUGAGACGAGACUUCAUUAAAGGGACACUAUAGUCAUCAGAACAACUAUAGCUUAAUGUAUAUGUUCUACUAAGUAUAUUCUCUCCCUCUUUUGCUCUAAGUAGUACCUUUUUGGAGAAAUGGCAGUUUUAUGUCCUUUAGAGGCACCCAAAAAAAUAAAUGUUUCUAUGCAAAAAUGCUCUGUGAAUAGUGUUAUAGUAAAACAAUUCUGAAAAUAAAAAUUUAUAUAACAAUAUAAUGUAGAUUUUAUUUUCAAGAUCUAUUCAAUACUGAUAUGCAGUGAGCUAAGAAAGGAGAUGAAAGAUGUCCGCCAAAACAGAUGAAUUGGAAAUCCUAGAUUGUGAUCUUGACAGAAUUUUGGUCUGAUUUUUUGUAAACAUACUGCAUAGUAAUAGAUCGAUUAGUAAGACAUAGGAAUGUUUGGCAGUGUCAUUUAGUAAACACUAAAUGACAAACCAACCACAAAAUAGCAAAGUUCUGGUGUUUUAGUGACCUUAUCAAGGCUACCACCUUGUAAGUAGUGUGUCACAUACGGCUUUCCCUUUAGACAUUUCGUAUACAACAUAUAUUUCUUUUUUACUUCAGAUAUAUGUUAACUGUCUUCAGCAUUAUUGUAAUUAACAUAUCUAUAUCGUAUAGCGCUGCAUUUUCAGAUCCAGACACAAAUGUCCCUUCACUAAACUCCAAUACCACUUUCAGCAAUGGUAUUACUACUUGUUAAUGAUUAAAUUUGUCUUACCGUCCGUCAGUGCCACAGUAACUAAUUUUAUAGAGCAAGUGUGAUUUAUUUGUAUUUUUUUAGAAAGGAGGGUUUUAAAAAAAAAAAUAUAUAUAUAUAUAUAUACUUAUAUUGAUCAAAUUUUUUCCCUUUUUUCUAUUUUCUAUUUUACUUUUUUUCUAUGUAUGUCUGUGAGGUGCUGUGUUUGUUGUGUGAAGGGUGCUGUGUGUGUAUGUUUGUGUGUGAAAGGUGUAGUGUGUGUGUGUAAGAGGUGAAGUGUAUGUGAAGGGUGCUGUUUGUGUGAGUGGUUGUGUGUGUGUGAGGGAUGUUGAAUUUGUGUGAAGGGUACUUAUUUUUCCAAGGAGGGGGGUCAAUGCUGCCAGCGGUGGUGUUCCAGUGAUGGCAUGUUCACUUUAGCCUGCAACUCCUCCUGCUGCAGGUUGACUCUCCUGUCCUCCUGUGAGCACAGCACUAUAUCUGAGCGCUGAGCGUUGCCAUGGUAUCGCACGGCAACGCUCUGACCAGUCUGCUCGCGGGAGGAUCACAGAACCUCCAGUGCACUUCUCUCCCUCUGCUAGAACUAAGCACUGCCCACUGGGUGUUUUCAGCAGAACCCACCAGCUCCCACCUGAAUUCCUGGUACCUGGUUCACUACCCCUGAGCUAACUAUUUAUCUGUGUUCUCUUGUUAUGUCUACACUAAAGCCACAAGAACAAAUUGCUCUAAUAAAUUCCAAGGGAUGGAUGAGGUUUUGAACAAUGUGCUAUAUAAGCAUUAAACAAUAAAAUUAAUUUUACAUCAUUUCUUAAAAUACUUCAAUUUCUUUAGGUUACUUUUUUCUUUUAGGCCAACUCCUUUCAUGAUUUCUUGUAAUUUCAGGGCACCGGGAGCCAAUUUGCAUAGUUCAGAUCUCGCAUUUUAUUUGUGUGUGUCUGCACGGUUGGUCUAUUUGAUGUAGCACAAUUGAGCAAAACUGUAGAACAAUACAAAACUGCCAUCUGUAUUCAGUUUGCUGAUAUAAUUUAAGUAAUAGAACCUUGAGGCUAAAUUGCUAACGUUCUUACAGAGAGGAAGGUUUCCUUCAAACAUCUGGAAUUUUCACAAAUUCAUGGAACAUAAUCUCAAGCAAGCGGUAGCAAGGAACAGUAGCUUGCAUUCUAAGAUUUACAACAUAGAGCUCUGCUAUUAAGAUUUGCCCUCUGAUAUACAGCAUUUUCUGUGAUAUACUCUUUCUUCAUUAGUCAUCAACUUUCUGUUUAGGGAAAAACUGAGGUUUCAGACACGAUAUCUCAGGAAUGCUUCUGUGUUUUAUCUACAUGGACCACUGCUGAGGCCAUGGAACAUAGAAUUCAUACCCUUUAAUACAUGUAAACUAUCAUACACCCUUAUUUUCCCUUUGAUGCUGAAUGGUUGUAAGGUUGGAGGUGAAAAGAUGGUGGUGCAAGGCAUUGAUGCCUGAUUUUAAAGUGAACUAAAAAGGUUUAUGCUUCUCUUAUAUAAAUAUAGAGAGAGCGAGAAAGAGAGAGAGUGAGAGAGAAAGAGAGAGAGGUAAAUAUAUAUAGAAAGAGAAAGGGAGGGAUACAUAUCCUGAGUUGUGUUUCAAAGCUGCUGAAUACAGCAAACACAAACUCCAAGGAAUCCAUGUUUAAAAUGGAAGGAGGCAAAAAUCUGAUUCUUUGUUGAUUGUUGAACUACAUUGCAUAUGCCCACCCAGAAUCCUUUGCAGUAGUGUAGUGACAUCACUGCAAAUUUGUGAUUUCUGUGGGAAAAGCAAGUCUUAUGGCAUGACUGGUGUGCAAAUCUGUGUUUAACAUUGUGUUAUAUAUACAUACUAUCAUUAUGUUAAUACAAUUAUAUUCUCUUGUCACUAUAUGGUCACAUACUUUUUAAAUAUAUUUUAUCAUUGUUUUUCUAAAAAUAGCAAAUGCAAUUUUCUUUGAAGGUAUUUAAGGGAUGCUUUACAUUUGAGAGAGUUUAUAUUUUUUAUAUAUAGAAAUUGAGUGUUUAGUUAAUUUCUUCCAGUUUUCAAACUGCUUUUAAAUCUGAUGAUGGCCUGGGGCAGGAUAGUUCCAGGAGCUAAUUUAAGUAGCUUCACUAUAAUAAGAAGGUACAAUGUAAACUUUUUUUAGUGGUCCUCUCUCCUAUCUUGGGGUAACACAGAUUCCAGUAACGUUGCAAUUCAAAGUUGUAUCUCCGUGCAUAUCUGGGAUGUUUUAGGUCUCCUAUAGAAAUCUUGGAUAACAGCAAGAUGUGCAGAAAACUGGUGUAAGAGGGUGGCAUUUGCCCAGUUGCCAACACAUAUAAAACUUUCUCCUCUCGGAGAUUGAAUUGUUAAGGAAAUACAGGUUUGGCCAACACAUGGCCCUGUCAUUUCUUACAGUAGAGAUGAUCAAACAGACUCAUGAUAGUUUACGAUAUAUAAAAAUCAGACUGUUUAGUUUAGUGUGAAACAAUCUAUGACAUGUUAGUUCUUACACUGGUGCAGAUAAUGUCAUUAAGGAGAUAUAUCAAACGUUUUGGCAGGCAUUAUUACCUAUAGUAGCUCCCAGUAUGGUUAGUCAGUCCUGCAUCAGGUCAUUAAACUUAGAUGAUAAGAGAUGGUGGAAUAAGAGUAAAACAACAAAAAACAGGAAUAUGCUUAUUCAGCAGAAAACUACAGAAUCAGUCAGUUCAUCCCAGGAAAAAGUUUAUUUAACCCUUGAAGCCAAUUCGUGAAAUAAUUCUGUCAUCAUUUUACUGUUUCGCUUCGCUUUUUUUUUACAUGAAAAGGGUUAAGUAACCCUUCAACACAAGAUUUUUUUUUUAUUGCACUUUUUUUAUUUUUUUUUAUUUUUUUUUUAUAUUUAGUUUUUAUUGAAGGUUUUCAAGGUUAUGAAUCCAGUACAUAGUUGAUUCACAUAACACACAUAACUGAGUAUGCAAAAGACAAGAGGUUUGGUUUUAACAGUAGUUAGUAAAGUAACGUAAAGUAACACACUGUUUGCAUCUGUUUAAAUUUAUUGCACUUUUUAAAUAUCAAACAUGAUGUUUUAGCUUCCUAAUCUGAAAUCUCACAGCGAUCAAGGACAGUGCUGUAAAAAUAAAUCAGAAGAUUACAUUUCCAUGGUAUUAUAUGAGUAGGCUUAUUUUUGUAUUGUUAUAGAUGUCUAACCUAAAUGUUACACUUUUGUUCUGAACUUGGAUUCAGCUGGAAGAGAGCAAAACACUUUUUUCACAUAGUUGCAGAAGAGGUCAGAUCUGGAAAGAUCACAGCUGCUCAGUUUGGAAUUUACCACCCAGUGGUCAUUUAUAAUUAAUAUUAAUGAAUGGCAGAUGACAGAUGUUUAUAUCCUAUUCUUUGCCAGGCAUUGCUAAACAUGAAGUGCAGCUUUUUAUUUUAACUCACAACCGUGUUUUUCUCUAAAAUGAACAGGCUUGGAUAUAUAAUUAACAUGGUAAUAAUUUUAAAUAGUCAGACUGGGGCAGACUCGCAAAUUUCAGCCUGGGGCAAGCACAAUUAGGUGGCUUAGAUAUACCAGUAAUUAAACUCCCAAAAGCACGUCUGAAAUACACAGAUUUUCCAACAACCUGCGCACUGGCCAAUCCUGUUUAACUGACAUCAGUAUUCACUAAAGAAGAGCACAAAAAAACUCAUGAAAACACAACAGGAAGAAUCUAGUACUGGUUAAAAUGCUUGCAUAGAACAAGGCUAUAUGAUAUUACAUAACCCUGCUUAGGCUGCAAUAAAAUAAGUGACAACAAACAUUAAAACAAGUGAUAACAAAUAUUUCGCAAAUCUGACUAGCUCACUCAUGGAUUAAACAAUUCUCUGAUCCUAGAAGGCAGCGAACAAUUUAGGAACCAGCACUUAAAUGCAACAUCCUUCCUAAUAUGAGCUCUUUAGUCUUACUUACCAUUAUGAUAUAUAAAACUUAUUUGAUUCUACCAAUCACCUAGGGCAGGGGUCCUCAAACUCCGUCCCCCCAGAUGUUGCUGAACUACAACUCCCAUGAUUCUCUGGCUAUCUAUGUAAUUCAAAGAAUCAUGGGAGUUGUAGUUCAGCAACAUCUGGGGGGGCCAGAGUUUGAGGACCCCUAACCUGAGGUAACAAUUACUUCCAAAAGUUUUUCUUUUUUUAGCUUUUUAAAAAAAAAUUGUCGCAAGCCCAAGAGGUCAUUAUGCAAGCAUAUUUUGGCGUAAGCAUCUGUUUUUAAAUGGGCAAGAUCUCAAAGAAGAGUGAUCAUAUGUGGGCAGAGUUUGGACGUAAUUAAAUGUUACUGGUUCUCUGUUUGUCGGACACGGUGUUCAUAUGUGAUUUGCAAAUCCUCCAGGGGACGCAUAAGUGCUCCCAGGUAUCCCAUUACAAUUCCUGGAUACUGGUUUCUGUGACACUGCAUAGAGAUUUUGUGUAAGUUGCCAUGAAGUUUGCUUGGACUUGGUCAACAAAGCUAUUUAAAGUUGGCUGUGCAUGUGUGAAAUUAAUUCAAGAGAACAUGUGGUGUGCACAUUACCAGAUCCUCGUCAUUCACGCAUUCAUAUGUGCAGCAUAGACACUUGCGAUUUAAAGACACGUGCACUCAAGCUAGGCUUUGUCAUUGGAAUGUAAGUUUUAGGAGUUCUAUUUUCUCUUUUGUCUUUGGUUUUUACUUUACUUUUUUCAUAGUUGCAUUGUAUUAAUUAUUGCAGAUGUAAUUUCAGGAGUAAUUUAUUUUCUAUCCACAAUAGGAUAGGAGCUCUAUUCUGUCAAUAUGAAGGUCUACACAUGCAGUAAUCAUAUUUAGCUAUACUGUUUGCACAAUUCUCUUUAUUUUUGUGUGCCUUGCACUUGAGAUUUCGUUUUUUGGGGUUUCCCAUUGUAUAAACUUAGUUAAGCUAUAUAAAACUCCCAAUAAAUAUAAAGUAUGUGUAUGAUGAGAUUUUACAGAGAAACCAGUCCAAAAUGUUAACCAUAUUUUAGCAACAUUCAUUCUUGAGCAAGAUUGAGUUAGCAUGACAAACACAGAUUUAGCCAGAUGUGCUAAGGAAUGAUAAUUCUUAAAAUUACAGUGGCUGCACAAUCAUAGCUUGCUUUUAUACAGUAACUAUUAAAAGGUAGUCAUUCGGGGAUCACUUGUUCUAGUGAAAGACUGUGGUAUGCAUGGUUUAUUGAUACAUUACAUGUGAUUUCUGGAUAGUCGGCUUAGUGGCAUGUUUAAGUCAGAUUCAAGAUAAAAGCAUAUUGUUAAAAGUCAACAAAAUUAAAACUGGAAUUCAUUUGGGAAUUUGUGCAAUUUAACACCUGUGCAGCUUUAUCAAGGUCAUUUGGCACCUGGAAUAAAUGUUAUUUAUUAAAGUCAUUACAUUAAUAUGGUUUCAAUUUUUGAAUUAUUUAUUGAUUUACGUUUUCUGUAUUUUUAUCUUUUUUAUUAUCUACAAGGGUAACAGCGGCCUACGAGUCAACUACUACUAGACAGUUAAUGUGUUUAUUACUGGCCAAUUAAACACAUGAGCAUAAUUAUGAACUUGCCAACUAAGACCCCUACCUCCCAUUUUAGCUUCUAAUUGCUAGGGAAGUUAAAUGAGAUUUUCUCCAACCACACUAUCACUCUACCAAAGAAGGAAGAGGGAGAUCUGUAAAUCAAGAUAUAAGGUUUUCAGGUAGGCAGUUAACUACCUUUGAUUGUUUAUAUGGAAGGGAAUUGAAUUAAUUAAAUCCUUCAUAAAAUUAUAGUAAGCAGCAGAUAUCAAAAAAAUUAAACAGAGCUUAAAAAGAAUUCUACUUUCCCUGACCUGCCGAAAAUAGUUUGUAAUCUGCUAAAUAUCCCACAACAGAAUGGGGGGGUGGAGGGACAGACAACAAAAUAUAUAGAAAGAAUGCCAUUGAUUAUUCAAAUAAAUUACACAAAAUAGAAACAGCAAAAUAUUAGUUCCUGAAAUAUUCUUAAUAUUGGUUGUUCCCAGUAAAAAAAAACAUUUCAUUAUUCAAAAUCUUUUUAAAAUUGUAUAAACAUACAGUUUUGAUAAAGUGUCACUGCACAUGAAACGCGUAGAUUUUAUGCCGUGGCUCUGAAGAUUUAGGACCUUUUUUUUGCUGUAUGUCUAUAUAUACUAUUUUAAGAAGAUUUUGAAUAAAGAUAUAUUUUUUUAUCUGGGAACGAGCAGUGGUGAGAAUAUUUCAGGAACACAUAUUCUUCUGGGUUUUUUUUUGUGGAUUAUAUUUUAGUAGGCUGACUACCCCUUGCAUUACUGAGGAUGGGGAUAUAAUACAUAGAUAUAUAGCAUUAUGGCAGAUCUGCAUAUCUGAAGAUCUUUACUUGUCUUUAAAAAAGGAAAAUACUCUUUUUCAUUUUUCUUUCUUACGGUUUAAUUGUUCAAAUAUCUUCUUUCAAUCUUCCUGCCUUAUCGACCUGAAGGGAUCUAAGGCAUGAUCUGUUGUAUUUCAGAAUGCAAUGAUAAGCUAUCCUUUACAGAAUAAAAAAUCGACCAUUUACACCGACCAUGCAUGUGGUCAAGACCUUAUCAAAACGGUCCAUUGGACAGUACUGUUUACUAGACUUUUGCACAGCCUGCAAAUCGAUUUGUCUGAAAAAAAUUAUUGUUUUGGGCUCUUUCUUGCACAUGUGGCAUUUCAGUUCAAACUAAUUUUGUCCAUGCAAUCACUUUGGGAAAAACUAUUUGGAUGAACAAAAUGGAGCAAAACGUUGCAUAUCAGUGCACUGCAACAUGUAUACAUAAUAUAAAUAUUAACUUAAUAGAAACAUCGAUCAGGACACAAAGUUGAUUUGAUAAAAGCAGAUUGAAAAAGAUCGCUGAGUGCAGCUCCUUGCUUUAAGUUUAUAAAGGUAGCACCGAGGCAAGUACCACAUUAGUGAGAAUUAAGGGGCGAGUGCCAAGAUUAUCUCUCAUUAAUAUAAAUAUUAGGUAUACAUUUUGCAGUACACCAACAGGCACAUUUUUUAUGCCAUUUGGUUCAUAGAUCAAGUAGGAAGAUGUAACCAAUAGAGUGUACGAAAUGUAAUAUAUAAAUAUUGAUUUAUUUGUUUUUUUACUGUUCCAUCUGUGAAUAAAAUCAACAUUCAAUGGCUGUCCCAUAAAUAUAACUCAUUGUCUUUUUGGUGCCAUGUACAGAAUGUACAGAAUUCCGAAUCAUGAAACAAUCAUGAAACAAGCAAUACAGUUUGUCCAUAGUCCAUUUCUUUUGUUUUGUGAUUCUUCCAUAUAAAGUUUCUGAGUUCAGGAUUUUGGCCAAAUUUCUGAUUGUCCAAAAUUUAGAUGAAUCACAAUUUGUUUGAAACAAAAUACACAAGUUGACGGUUUACUAUUCUUGUACCCAAAUUUAGUUUCUUAACUAUUUGAAUUCCAAUAUAUUUAAACAGAAACAAAUUGUACUGACCUCUUACCUAUUACCAGUUUACCAAGAUUCUAGCUAAUAGUAGAAGUCCAAUGAGUAUUAGCGAAUUGCAUCUGCAUCCAAAAUUAUAUUUGACAGUUAAGAAAUAUUUGUUUCAUAAAGAAAAAACAUGGGAUAUCAUAUGGAAUAAUACAAUCUAUUGAAGAAUCCUAUUAUUAUAGUAAAGAACAUUAUGGGACGUACCACAUUUUAUGUCUUUAAUAUAAUUCAGUUUAACCACUUCAAAAAGCAGCGACCAUGUAAUUUAGUGGAAACCAAUCUGAAAAACGUAAAAGAAAUAAAUAUUUACAUUUGACACAAACAUAGGUCUAUAAAUAAUGCAGUUCAUCAUAACACAUGUCUAUUUGCAUAAUGCACUAUAUACAUUCUCUUCCCCUUAAGGGAAAAGAAGACAUGGACCAAAUGUACCUUAAGUCAUAUAUAACAAAUGCUAUAAUGUUUCAAAGCUGCUUAGAGCAUAUAUUGCAAUUAAAAAGAAAUGGUAUAAAGUUUUUUGUUUUUUUUAAAGACUUACUGUCAAUAUUUAAUGUACAAGAUUCCCUUCAGCCAGGGCCAUACCUAGAGCAUUUGGCACUGGGCGGUUCUCUUUUUUACAAUCUCUCCCCCCCACUCCCCUCCACCCACCACCAACUUUAAAAUGUAAAAAACACUCUACAUUUUUUUUUAAUGAAUAUAGCACUGAGUGUAUGCUGCCAUUACAUUAUUACAGAAUCUCAGUCGUACUGUUAAAGCACUGUAGCGCACAACCGGGCCCCUGAAGCAGUGGCGACUCAAGGAACAAUAUAUAGGGGCAGCACAUAAGAUGCCACGGUCAAAACUGGGGGAGAGGGGGUUGCAUUAAUAAUAUUCACUAGAGGAUGGGGUAAUGUGAUGGACAUCAGACAACACGUUUACAUAGAAUUUACAUUAGCCAACCAGAUUUCUUGUUCUGGGCUGGUUGACACCGCUUAACUAUUGUUGUUUAGCAGAUAACUCCCCUAUUUGCUAUCCUUAUGUGAGAUUGCCAUAUUUAAAGACACCAAAUAAGGGAGCUAUCUGCUAAACAGCACCCUAAUUUGGUAUCUUUACAUAUGAAAUCUCACAUAAGGGCACCAAUUUAGGGAAUUAUCUACUAAGCAGCUAAAAAGAAAAUCUAAAAUGUUGAAGCCUUUUUCUACAUUUUAAUCUUUCAGUUGUUUAGUAGAUAACUCCCUUACUCGUUAUCCUUAUGUGGGAUUGACAUAUUUAAGGACACCAAAUUAGGGAGUUAUCUACAAAACACACACACAUUUAUGUACACACACAGACGUAUAUCUGUGUGUGCACAUCUGUGGUUGUGUGUGCAUAUAAAUACACACACAAUCACAGACAUUCACAACAAACACACACUUAACCACACACAUAAUCACAGACAUACACAAACACAAUCACAUAUUUAUUUAUUACUGGCGUUUAUAAAGUGCCAAAAAUUCUGCAGUGCUGUACAAUUGAGAAAAAGACAAAACACUAUAAGAACAGACCGAUACAAGAGGUAGAGGGCCUUGUCCGUGAGCUUACAAUCUAAAGGUUAAAGGACCACUAUAGGCAACCAGACCACUUCAACUUAAUGAAGUGGUCUGGGUGCCAGGUCCAUCUAGCAUUGCAGCACAUGCGCAUUCAGCCAAUGACAUCAGAAGAGGGAGGAGAGUCCCAGCGCCGAGGGAGCCCGGCGCUGGAAAAAAGGUAAGGGAUUAACCCACUUCCUCCCCCUUCAGCGCCACGGGAAUGGGACAAUGAGGGUGGGGGCACCCUCAGGGCACUAUAGUGCCAGGAAAAUGAGUUUUUUUUCAUGGCACUAUAGUGGUCCUUUAAAAUGGGUAGAUGAGACAAGAGGUAACAGAGGAAUUUGUAUGUGAUGGCAGAGAAAGUUAAUGGUAAAACUGCAGCAGCUGAUAGCAUGUGAAGGUAAUAGGGAGAUGAUUAGCUGUGGUUCCAAACAGCUGAAGGUGCAUGCUAUAUAGUUAGAAGGAACCAGGGUGGGUGGGUAGAGCUGAGUAAAAUUAAAUGGCCUUCAUGUUGCAGGAAUGGAUGGUUUAGGUCUUUUAAAGCUGCACUAUUCAACAUUGAAUGGCCUUCUUCAUGUUGCAGGGAUGGAUGGUUUGGGCCUUUUUAAGCUGCAGUAUUCGAAAUUAAAUGGCCUUCAUGUUGCAGGGAUGGAUGGUUUGGGUCUUUUUACGGUCAUGAUCACUUCCAGCAGCUCUAACAGUAUUGCAGCAAUGCCUAGAUGUUGAGGCAUCAUGCAAUACCCUCCCUCACUGCCUCACGUGGUGCCCGGCAGUGAGGCAGACCAUCGGAAGCCAUCAUGCAGUGAAGAGAAAUAAAAUGAAAAAAUAAAUUAAUAAAUAUAUAUUUUGUUUAAGUUAUCCGUUCUCUCCCUCUCCCUACAUAUGUACUUACCCGAUCGCCGCCGUUCCCCCGCUGGCAAUCGGCAUUGUUAUUCUAUGAUGGGCACUAUCUAACAGCCCAGACAGUGCCCUCUCUGCAAAAUUAGGACCCCAGGGGCCAUGUGAUCACUCUUAAAGAGCCGUCACAUGGCGGCAAUAAGUGUCUAUUGUGCUGCCAGCAGGGGAGAGGGACUGCCUGAACUGCUGGUGAAAAAAGUAAAAAAAAAAAUAAAAAAAAUAAUAUAUAUAUAUAUAUAUAUAUAUAUAUAUAUAUACUACGUGUAUUUUUUAUUAAUAUAUACAUAUAUUAAUAUAAAAAUACACUUAGAGUAAAAUUACACAUGUAUAUAAAUAUAUAUAACAUAUAAUAACUAUAUAUAUAUAUAUUGUAUAUAUUUAUUAUUAUAAAAUAAAUAAUUAAUUAAAAAUAAAUGAAAACAUUUAAAAAUAUAUAUUUUUUAAUUAUAUACAUAUAUGUAAUUUUAUUCUAACUGUAUUUUGAUAUUAAUAUAUAUAUAUAUAUAUAUAUAGAUCAAAAUACACUUAGAAUUAAAUUAUAUAUAUCUAUGUAUAUAUAAAUAAAUAAAAAUAAUACGAAAUAUACAUAUGUCCAUAUAUAUAUAAUUACAUAAAUAAUUUUAAAAAUAUACAUGUAAACUUCAAAAAUAUAAAUAUGUAUAUAUAUUUAAAUUCUACAUGCAUAUUUAUGUAUAUUUUUACAUAAUUAAGUAAUUUUAUUGAUUGUAAUUUGGGGGACCAGCCUGACAACCCAGGCCAAAAGUCCAGAGAAUUUUAUUUGCUAGCACUAUAUUUAACCUUGUAACUUUCCAAGACACCCUAAAACCUGUACAUGGGGGGUACUGUUUUACUAGGUAGCCUUCGCUGAACACAAAUUUUAGUGUUUCAAAAUAGUAAAACAUAUCACAGCCAUGAUAUUGGCAGUGAAAUUGAUGUUUUUUUGCAUUUUUUACACACAAACAGCACUUUCACUGAUGAUAUCAUUGUUGUAAUACAUUUUACUUUUUUUAAACACUAAUAUUUGUAUUCAGCGAAGUCUCCCGAGUAUAACAGUCCCCACAUGUAGAGAUUUUAUAGUGUUUCUGAAAGUUACACGAUCAAAUAUAAGGCCAUUGAAAUUGCCAGAUUGGUAAUGUUGCCUUUGAGAGCGUAUGGUAGCCCAGGAAUGAGAAUUACCCCAAGAUGGCAAAUCAUUUGCAAAAGAAGAAAACCCAAGGUAUUGCAAAUGGGGUAUGGUCAGUCUUUUUUAGUAGCCACUAGCUUUCAUAUAGUUUUUUGCAUUUUUAACAAACAACCAAACAUAAAUGCUAACUUUGGCCAGUGUUUGUGACUAAUUUGCUACUAAAAAGACAUGCCCCAAAUUGAAUACCCUGGGUUGUCUACUUUUCAAAAAUACAUGGUUUGAUAGGGGUAAAUUACAUUGGCCAGCUUCAAAAAUGUCCCAAAUAGGACAUGGGUGCAUGAUGACCAGCUGUGAAAAUUCCAAGUUAGAAAACUGGAAUGCGCACCCUCCAAAUAAGGUAUUUUAGCACCCAUAGAACCCUACACACCUAUAUAUGGGUGGCAUCACUGUACUCAGAAGAUGUUGCUGAACACAUAUUGGGGUGUUCUUUGGCAGUAACCCUUAACGUUCUCAGUACAUGUAUUCUUAAAUUGCAAUGUGUGUCAAAAAAAUCACCAAUUUUUUUAAUUUGUUUUUAUUUGGCAUAGAUUAGUGGUAAAAUGGUUGCAUGAAAAGAGUCAAAAUACCCCAAGUUUAAUACCGUGGGUUGUCUUCUUUUAAAAAAUAUAUACAUGUGAAAGGUUAUUCAGGGAUUCCUGACAGAUAUCAGUGUUACAAUGUAACGUGUUAAUUUUGAAAAAAAAAAAAAGGUUUCGAAAUAGCAAAGUGCUACUUGUACUUAUUGCCAUAUAACUUUCCACUUUUUGGCAGGGAGGGUAUUAUGGCAAGGUGUGUAUUGGGGGUAUAAUGGCAGGGAGGGUGGGGGUAUAAUGGCAGGGUGGGUAUUUUACAGCUAUGAGGAGGGGGGAUGUCACAGUGUGAAUUUACAAGUGCCCUAUAAUAUCAUUAACUCACCAUUCAGGGGGCUGCAGGAGCAGCAGGGACUGUCUCAGCUCUUUCAGCUUUCAACCAACUCCUUCCCAGGGUCAGGCCGUGCAGGGCUCCAAGGGGCAGGAAAUCUAGACAGGCUGACUUUGAUCCCCUGUAUGUUCAGAGUGGAGUGAGGAGUUAAUAAUGAAUGAUCCAGCAAUUUAUUAUAGCAAGUAAUAUAAUGGGGCCCAUGUGCGUGCAAUAUAACAGAACCUGAAGCCAUGCUCUGGAGGGAACAUACUCAAUACUGAGAAAUGAAUAGCCAUUGGCAAAUACUGUUGGACUCAUAAUGCUUUGCGGUACUUUAUGGAGUUGUUCACUGAAGUAAGCAAAUUAGAGAAUUAAGAAUGAAAAUGCACACAUUAAAAGACCACUAUAGGCACCCAGACCACUUCAGCUUAAUGAAGUGGUCUGGGUGCCAGGUCCAGCUAGGGUUAACCCUUUUUUUUUUUUUAUAAACAUAGCAGUUUCAGAGAAACACACAUAGCAAUUUAAGAAUACAUGUACUGAGAACGUUAAGGGUUACUGCCAAAGAACACCCCAAUAUGUGUUCAGCAACAUCUUGUGAAUUCUUUCCUAUGGACUGGCUGAAUGCGCGCGCAGCUGCUGCCGCGCAUGCGCAUUCAGCCGAAGAGGAGGAGAAGAGGGAGGAGAGGAGGAGGAGAGCUCCCCGCCCGGCGCUGGAGAAAGAGGUAAGUUUAACCCCUUCCUCUCCAUCCAGCCCAGCCCAGCGAGUAUGUUUUCCUGGCACUAUAGUGGUCCUUUAAGUAAAAAUAACUGAGUGGAAAAAUUGUUAUUUUGACCUUGAAUGUACAGUUUCUCACAAUUUACUGAUUUGUAAUAUUCCAAUAGCAAUAACAUCUGUUCUGAUGCACAAAGGCAUUUUUAUUUACCGUUUUUGUCAGAUCAGCAUGAUUUUUUUGUGAUGCUAUCAUGUCCAAUGAUACUGACAUACAGUGAAUGCUUGCUCUAUAUCUUCUAAAUAUUUUAUCACAAAUGAUAUCACAAUUGCCUUUUAUUAGCAUAUGUCCAGCCUCCAUUAACAGCAUGUGAUGCUUAAUAUGAAGCAGAUGCCUAUUUUAGCUAGGCAAGUGUAUCUAGGUGGGUGUUAUGUUCACAUGAAGUACUAAUGUUUACAUUCUACUGGCAUUUUUGGGAAUCUGCAAUCACAGAAAUAGGAGCAGGUAACGUACAAAUAUCCACAGGCAAUUAUUUGACAUUUGUUAUUCAUGUCACCCCUUUCAACAUGUUAUAGAAUUAUAUUUUUGCUUCCAAGUUAUUUUCAAACCUAUAUAAAACACACAAUACAAUACAAGGAAUACAAGACAUUCUCUAAUAUGAUAUAGCAAACCUAAAUAUUAGUUAUUAGUUAUAACAAUUAUACUAAGAAUUCAAAUUCCAUGAAAGUUUUUUUUUUCAAAUGUAGGUAUCAUUCAACAUAAAUCUAUACACUAAAUAGUUGUUAUGUUUAUGUACUAGUUGAGCAUCCCACAGUUCAAAUUAAUGUUAUGUUUCAUUACUUCUUUUUAACUACAAGAACUCUGUAGUACAGUGGUUGAAGAAUGGACAAUUUUCACUUUUUCUUGGAAGAUAUGGGUAGUUUUGUGAUGGUGUGUUUCUAAGUAUCCACUGUUACAGACAGACUAUCAUGUUUCCAAGAAAGUAGCAAAAAGUGUAUAAAUUUUUAAACUAUUAUAUCUAAGGCUUACGUAUGUGACCUUAAGUGGAUUAAAGGACAAGACAGAUGACUUUGGGAAUUUCAGCAAUGCCAAACAUUAAGAAUCCUGUUAUACGCAAUGGAACAGAAAGUAUUAAAAGUCCAAUGUAAUACAGAAUGUGAACAUUAUAGAAAAAAUAAAUAGAGAAAGGUAAUACAGAAAUGUAAUGUGUGAUUGCAAAACAUAUCUAAUGGUUUAAGAUUGCUGUUCAACAGGACUAAGCUCUCCACCUCUGUUUUCUGAGUGUUAUCUCUUGGAUGGUAUGUACUUCUCUAUCAACUACAAUGUAUAUGUCAAAUAUCACAGCAUUGAUUCCACAGCAAAUAUCUGUGUGUAGGUUUUAUGAAGUACAUUGUGGAAUGUGUAUAAAUAGCAAGUGCUGCAUACCAAAGAUGGUAUGUCUGACUAAUUGGUUAUAUUCUAUUAAAUAAUCAAGCUCUGUUUUCUUGUUGAAAUGCCCUCCUUUCACAAAUCUCCUAAUGCUUAAAAGAAAAUCAAUGAUGUCCUCUAAUCAAUACCAUGCAGAGUCAAAACUGCCCAAUCAGGACUCGUAAUACUAUAUGCAACUUACGGCUGUGAACAUGUCUUGUGCUGAUUCUACUCUCUGCGGCAUUCUAACCUUUUACACAUGUCAACAUUACAUGGUAGAGUGGAGGGCCCUGAAUAGGGAAAUUAUAUAUAUGUAUAUAUAAACCAAAAAGAUGAGAGCACUCGCUGGAUUUAGUGAAAAAUCAAAUACUGUAUGUGUAUUCUAUUUUGCAUCAAUUCAAUCAACUAUUCGACCUGAACAGGUCUUUAUCAAGAUGUUCAGAUUGAAGCGUUGAUUGAAUUAAUGCCAAUUUGAAUACACAUAUUUGAUUUUUUACUAAAUCCAGCAAGUGCUCUCAUAUUUUUGGUUUACAUAUAGUUUCAGCGCAGUGCAGCACCGUGGUUUAACUAACGUAUAUUUUAUUAGGUUUUUACAAUAAACUAUAUAUAAUAAUAGAUUAUAAUCUAGGACAUCAUAAUAAACCACGAGUCAGAAGGUUGUGUAGUUUAUCAAAGCCUCCAGAACCUCAAAAUGAUAUUUCCCCCCCUAAUACAUGCUUCAGCAAUAUGUAUAUUUAAUAUGACAUGAUAUGUUUAAGUUGAGAUUAUUGUUAGUAAAAGUAUGGAGAUAUUGUAGGAGUUAAGGACCAGUGUUGGGUAUUGUAGGGGUAAAGGGGAGGACUUUAUUGUAAGAAACAUACAUGUCUUAGUGUUGUCCGAGAUUAGUGAGAGCCAACAGAGAGUUAAAACGGUGUUAAAAGUCACUGGAAGUGUAACGUCACAGCUCUUGGAGGAAGGAACAUGUACCGUCCCUCUCACAUAUACAUGUAUUUUAAAUAAACUCCGUUUAUUUUACUUUUCAUUAAAUAAACUACUAGGCCAAUUAUGUUUUGAAAAUAGUUAAAAUGGGCAUAAUAUGAAAAUACAUUAUUGAUGGAGUAUGGUCAUAAAGUCAUACACACUACCCUGCCAAAUCCUGCCCUUGUACCAUGUGACUGGCUUAUGGUAUAAAUGGCAGGUUCUGAGGGAUGAUGUGAGUGUUAAAUAUAAUGUGAACAUGUGAAGCUGAGCACUAGAUAGAUGGACAGAAUAUCUGCGGGUUAUUUAUUCUGUUUGCACCAUUUUUUUAUUUAUUGGGAUUUUGCUCCACAUUUAGCACCUUACUCAAUGUAAACAUAGAUAUGACACUGAAUGCAACUCAUGAUAUGAAGAGAUAUAGAGUUUAUGUAUAGAUAUAUAUGUAUAUAUUUGUACCCAUUUACAUCUGACUCUACACUUUUUUUCCUCUCCAUACUAUACUAAUUAGGCUAUGUAUGUGGCUUAUCAGGGACUUGGCCCAGGUGGAGUUCAGCCUCUCUCCUCUGGAAGCAGCAGUGCAUGGUGCCUCACCAAGGGCGACCCCCUGCAGGCUCCUCCUUGGCAACCAGGGGCUUGGCUGCAGUUAUCCUGUGGUAGGAGCAUGGAACAUGUAUGACCUGGAGCAAGUCUUUGUAGGUUUCAUUGGCUGUGGUAGAAGUUCCAUUAUUGGAUUGAUUUCCAUUUCCAUGGUGUACCUUUUAUAUGUGCCUAUAUUAUAAAGCUGGCCUUUUGAGUUGUGGUGGGCUAGAUGGGCUUUGUAUUCAUCAAAGUUGAUAAAUACACUGUCACAAUAUCACAAAACCAUGAAUUGUUGUCAUUAACCAAGCAGCCAAAAUUGCUGAAUUGGACAAACAUCGCCAAUUCUUGCUUCUAGCUCAGUUAUUGUGUCUUGAAAUUAGAAAUUUUCUGGUCAAUUGCUAACUAUUUUUAAAGUUUAGUGACGAACCUCUUAAGUAUAUUAAUGGAUGAGCUGAUGAUUUCUGAGAUGUCCUUCACCCAAAUUUAAAUAUCAUCAUAUAACUAGUUAUAAAGGACAUCAAGGUCUCUAAAAGUAUGCACAUUUCAUCACGGAUACCUUAGCACACAUUUUGGCAACAGCAAUACAAUCACCCUCAUUGGACAGACUAUUUUUGUUUCACAAUGACUACAUUUUAUGUAUUUAAAUUGUACAGUGAAUUUAAAGAUUUGUCACCAGUCUAGAAGUGACAGGUCCUCAUUCCCUCACUCCAGUAAAUGGUAAUACCACCCAACUCCAGCGUCCUGAGAAUCAGAACACUGGUGAUAGGGAGGUAAAGGGGGCAAGCCAGUGAAAUAUUUGCAUCGGUAGCUCUGCGCCCAAAGGGUGACCCUGAUGGAAAGGGGGUGAAUCCAUCCAAAUUAAUGUAAGGUCAACCUGGUGCGAACACACACCAGGCUGCCUUCCAUCACUCAUGCUGACUCACUGAGGGCAGGACAUGCAGAGAGUACUGUGUCAGUGCUCCCUGUAGGGUCCUAAUUCCCUAAAUACAGCACGAACGAGCAUGUCUUAUGAUUGAUGGGGACAGUCCCCUGUGUCCCUAAAAGCAGAACAAGAGGGAAAUAAGGAGGGACAGCAUUCAAAAAUUGAGACUGUACUGCUGAAAUUGGGUUGUUUGGAAGGCAUGUGAAAGCACUUGCAUGGAAAAUUAGAGCAGUGGAGUUAAGACAUAAUGCCCCAUGAUGCUUGUGUAAGGCCAUGUGUCUGGAGAGAAUUGCAGUUUGAGUGUGAGCACACAUAUUCAUUUAUUCCACAGUGUUGUAGUGUUGUAUGCAGGAAUGGCGAUGGGGAGGUGUAAACAAAUUACCCAGAAUGCUCUGGCUUUGGCAAGACAGCCAAGAAUGUGAUGUAAAAAUGUAUAAGGUUCAGAUUUCAUUGUUCUUAAAUACCUUUUGGUUUGUGCCUGUGAGAGUUCCACUUUAAAGAGUUGAUUUGGCCUUGGUUGAGAAUCUUAACUAAAUAAAUAAUUAGUAGUUCUGAAUCUAUUACACAUAGAUAUUCUGAACAAACAACAUUUGGCCUCACAAUUUUGUAGCGCAAUACAAUUUGUACUACAGUCCCAGUGUAGAGUUUGUCAGUCAAGAUAUAUAUCACAGUGUGAGGACAUAUAAAACCAUAAUGAACCAGAAAAUCCCUACGUUUAAUUCUCCUUCUUUAGACAUUAAAAAGGGAACUCGUUAAUCAAAACAUAUUAUUCACCAGAAUAUAACAACAUUAUAGCAAUGACUAUUCUUUACUCCCAUAAAAGUCAUAUUGUUGUAAGUAACAGUCGUUAUUCUAUAUGACAUACAAAUUGGUUCAUUACAGCUUUUUUAUAAGAUAUUUAUCUUAUAUCUAUUAUACUUAGAUAAGAUUGAAGGUGGGAAAUGACCCAUAUAUGUUUUCCUGGAAAUAUUGCAAUCUUGAAUUUAUCACAUAGGAAACUACAAAAAGAGAUCAGAAGACCCCUAUCUCGUUAAAUCUAAUUAAGCCAUGUUUUGCGUUAUAUUAUUACUAAGUUAAUAUAAAUAAUAUAUGGGAAGGAACACUGCACUCAAUAUUUAAGUUAUGAGCUUGCAAAGUUUAUUCAGUUAUUACGUUAAAACAGCUUGGUCACCUUCAUAUUUUCCAAAGACUCCUGAAGGUGGCAAGCCUGAUUUCUGUGCUGUAGCUGGGGUUGAAGCUGAACGUAGUUACAGUAUACUUAUCUGCAAUCAAGCAGGCAAGCCCACUAAGAGCAGGACCAUGCAGGGAGUACUGUACCAGGGUCCUUGAUCCCUGAGUGCAGCGUAAGUACAUCUAAUAGUGCUACACUUUUUGGAAACUGUUCCUUUGUCUGCAAAAAAGUGGGAAACCAUGAAACAAAGUGGAUACAUCAGGAAACGACCCAAAAAAACAGGACUGUCCUGCCAAAAUUGAUAUUACAUUUUUUAGUUUCAUGUUAAUGAUAUAAGCCGUAAACUUGUUAUAUUUCCAAAUUCGAUGAUUAAACUUCUAAACAUGGAAAUUCUUAUACAGCUUACAUUUUAGUAUAUCAUUUUUAAAAUCUACCUACUGAAAGCUAAUGUUUUAAUUAUAGAAACUGCACAAUUGCUGAUAAACAAUAUAUAGUCUAUAUUACUUUUUGUUUAUGCUGUAAGUAAAAAUGGGAACAUGAAAAAUAUUUUGAGACUUGUUUUCCAACUUCUCUUUUAAUUUAAUCAAGGACACCACCUAGGGGCUAACAGUUGAAUUGCAGUUUAAUUUUUUGGGUAAAUUAAGCCCUACUAAUAGAUGUGUUGGUAAUAUUCAAAGGAAGAAACAUAGUAACUUAAACUUUGGUCAGGUCUUUGAGACUGAGUUUUAGUCUUAGGAGACUUCUGCAUAAGGAAUCAAAGUGUUCAACCAGAAUGGGCAGCAAAUAAUUAAAAGCCGAAGCUGGUGGCUGCCAGUUUCUUAUUUUGUACAUGGGUACACUAUUGGGCGUUGGUCUCACAAUCACAUAGUAUGAUUGGCAAAUGCUACUGAUUAUUUUUCCUGACUGUUCCUCCCAGCGUUUCCUAACUAGUACAAGGCAAAUUACAUGAAAUAAGAAUAACUAGUGAUUGCUGAUCCUGAUGACUAUAUUAUUAUUCCCAUAUACAAUACAAUUAUUAAAGGAGGGAGACACAACUCACUGUAGGUUGGGAUAGAAGAGUAAAUCAUAACAGUGAGUCAGGGAGUUCUAAACCUCCGAAGACCACCUAUUAAACAACCACGGCUGCCAAAUCCUCUGGUUCUAAGCGCUGUGUACACCUCCUCCAAAAUUUAUUCUCUGGCUCAAGAAAAUAAAUAACUAAACUAUAACGUCCCAACUCGACUAUUACAAUUUUUUUUUUUUUUAAAUGAGUCUACACAUAAAAACCCUUGCUUCUAGCUGGAUAUUGUUUUCCAUUGAGGUCAGAUAUAGGACAUUUCCUGAGAUGCCCUGUGAUUGGCUCUACAGGCCUCGCCAUUUCCAGAAAUGUGCCGUUAUGUUUCCAGCCAUGCAGCAGGAAUCAUACAUUCUUUUUAAAUAGUUGCAUAGAGACGGUAUGGUUUAUUUAUUUGGAUCCUAUUUCCAUGGGCAGGAGAUCAGGAUUCAAUGUUUUGACAUAACUGGAUAAUAUAUGUAUGAAAAUAGCUUAUAUUACAGCUUUUAUAACAUUUUUAAAGGCUUGACAAGACCAUUUAUUUUUUUAUUUUGAUACAGGACAAUGAGCCGUAUUAUAUAUUUUUGCAAACUUACAUUUGGCAUUGGUUUUCCAAAGUUGUCCAUCCAUGGGCAUGAAUGAGCAGGAUUGAACACUGGGCCAAGUAAAAGUGGUUAUUGUGCUUUUAAGGAAAGAUGCAAACCCUGCAGUCUGCAAAAGGCAUUCAGUGAAAACACCACUGGCAAACAAAGUCAUCCUACAAAAACAAAUCAGCAUUUUUUUCUGCAUGAUGCAUGAUGCAUACCUGUGUUUAGACUUGGAGCAUUCUUCAAAGAACUAUUGAUUCUGCUCAGUUGUGAUGAAGUAGUUAAUAUGUUUAGUUUUGCUCAUGUAAAGAAAUCAAAUACUUUUAUUUUUUAAAGUCAUCAUUUACACCUUACGUGGAGAUGCGUUGGUGUGUUUGCGUUGUCUUGCACCGUGUUAGGUUCAAUCACUGUAGAGCAAGAUUAUAUUAUUUUUGUAUGUUAUAAACGCCUUUAUAAUAAUGUGACAUUAAUUAAAAAUAUGUAGUUUCACAUCAUUUCUGUUACUUCAAAAAUUGUGAGUUCACUAAACCAAGAGAAGUGAGCAGGGAAUUUAACUAUCUACUAUUUUACAGUUCUGUCUCAAUGGCUUGUUUGUAAACUUCAUUAAAUGUUAGCAAGACCUUUCAAUUCACUGUGAUUUUUCAGAGUUUUACUGUGUAUUGCUGUUUAGAAAAAGCCAACAUAAAACACAAAAGUACAUGUUAAUCACUCCUACGUAUAUCACCGUUGGAAGAAAUAAAGAAGGAAAAGAACAUUGGUUGAUGUUUGACCUUCUAUUUUUAAGUAGAAACAGAAUUCACACCCAAACAAUAAUGAAAACAACAUGAACAAGUAUUGCUCAUAACGUGCCAUUUUUCAGGAGUCUGCCUUGUUCUGCUGCAAAUCAGUAUUUAUGCAAAAGAUCCAAAGGCAGGUGCACGCAUAUUCCAAUAAGGGGGUACAUCAGCUAAUGUACAACCAAGUAGAGAGGGCUUAUAAACUAAAGCCUAAAAUUGCUAAUUUUGGUCAAAAAUAGGUGAGCUUUAAGAAAAUUUACCCAUACAUCUAGAUUCUAUAUAUAGUCAUUUAGAUCACAUUUUGUAAGCUGGGUUUCAAAUCAACACAAUUUACAGUGAAUAAAAGCCUUCUUGUGGAAUAAUAUUAAAAUUACAUUGUAGCAUUUGAAAAAUCAACCAUGUCCACUUCAGAAAGGUUUAAAAGAAAAACAAGGAUUGCAAAAUAUGCACUACAAUAAGCUGCAGUGGUAAUGGUGCUCAGCAUGCCCCUCUAAGUCCACUUAUUUUGUAAUGUGUAUUAUUUAUUUGUUAGCUAUAAGUACAUUGUAGCAGGGAAAUCAUUUGUCACCUUGAAGGAGAUCCAUCAGUUUCCAGGAUAUGUAAUAAUUAUGUUGGGAUAUAACCUACAUUUCACUAAAAUGUGCUUGUGAGCUCUAAAAGUAAAUAAAUGCACAAACAAAUGAAAAAAAAAAAUUCUAAAUGCAGAAAUUCACACUGCUGUUUUUGGCUCUAUCUUAGAAACAAGCAUGUCCAUCUUGGAUCCCUAUCAUUCAUUACUAUAAGCUUUAACUGGCCAUUUGCACGUGUCAGUCAUCAUAGAUGAAGCUCAAAGGAUGAGAAACAUAAACAUGUAUGACCUAGCUGGGCCUGGACUCAUUUGAAGGAAAAUGUCCAAGACGAGUUAUAGUUGGUUUUCAGUGUUUUAAACAAUGUAUCAUUUCUGUAGAAUAUGCAGCCUACUUCUUAGCUAUGUUGGUGGUAAGUGCUGAUGUCUGCUGCAGCUUCCACGCAUAUAGGGACCUCUUCCUCCUUGCCACAGCCUUCAGAAGGGGUUCGGCGGGAGGGAGGCCAGGUAUGUGUGUAUGCCACGGCACACUGAUAUGCGUCAGAUGCCAUCUUAACUUAGGCCCGCGCAGAAGUGUUUUUUUGUAUCCCCUGCAGUGACAUUCCGCGUAUAAGACAACCCCCAAAUUUAAACUAAAAUUUUUUUAGAAAAAAACAUAGUCUUAUACCUGGAAAAAUACUGUAAUCUUAUUUUUUAUUACCUUGUCAACGUAGUAAAUAAACCCCACACUGCAUUUAAAUGUUUUUUUUCUGCCAAACACUAGUUUGGGUAAACCGACUACUGUUCAUUUAUUGCUGGGAGGUAUUAUGUGAUGGAUACAGAGUGGACUAAUGUAGAACACAGUAUAGUUUAGGUACUUGCCAAGUUUCAUACAACAAUGCAGUUUUCUGUAACUAAUUCCUUGUUUUUACUUUCAGACCAAAUAAGAAAGGAGACGAGACCAAAAAGAACAAGCAGAAGAGAAAAGAUGGAGAUGUACCAAGAAAACAAAGGCAGAGAAAACAGGAGAGAAAUCAGAGAGGGGAUGAAAGGCCAAGUGAAGUCAAAGACUAGGAUACGGAAAGUGCAGAAGGUGCAGCCAAAAGCUUUCUGCAUUACCUUUGGACGUUGUAGGCCUCACAAGUGUGACUGGCUUUUGAUGCUGCUAUACUGAUCGCAUCCACAUUAGACUGUACCCCUGGAUGGAACGGGACUGUUUACAUACAGCGAAGGCCUGUGCAACAUUCUAAGCCUCCGUCAUCCUUAAUGUGGAAAUGCUAAAAAAAAGAAAGAAAAUUUUAGGUGAAUGAAAGCCAGGAAGAAAAUAUUGAGUUAAAGUGCUGAUAAGUGCGCAGUGGAUGAUUUAGUCUUGUAUGCUUCCUUUGCGUCUUUCAAAGACAACUAAGACAUUUUGUAUGUAAUUAUGAAUAGUAUAGAAGAUAUAUCAUUAUUAUGAAUGACACCUGGAUGAGCAACGUUUUUCUUUUUUCUUUUGUAAGAUAUUUUGAAGCUGUUUUUAUUUUCAAAAAUUAUAGGCAAGUUAUAUGCAGAACUCAAUGGCACCAUUCCUCUAACACAUUUAUGUGGUUUUAUCAUAAAAAAUUACAAGAAGUACAUGUUGCUAUGAAAACAAUGAAAUGGCAUAUGCAGUAAAAUAAUGGUUAUGUCUUUCCAUGCCAGCUGUAGAAUUGGAUCUUUUCCAAAUAACUUUAUAUCCUACAGUUCAAUCGAAUAAUAAUUACAAAAAGGCAGGAUUCGGUGGUUAAAACCAAAUAUUAUACAUGACAUGUUGCAAAGGCUACAAACAGGAACUUGAAGCACAAAAUAAACUAAAUGUUGUUUUUUAUGCCUCCUCUUAAGAACACAAAACCCACUAACGGUCCUCAACUCUUCCUUCCCCAUGUAUUCUCUCUUUCUCUUAUUGAAUGCCUGUUUCUAAAUUCACAUCUAUAUCAUCCAUGUAUCUCCAAGCACCACAAUAACAACAAACUUCUUUCGCCACCAGCCUUCCACAAGCACUUCUCAGUAACCUGCUAUUUUCAAAGCGUUUUCCUCUUUUCCUUGAAAUCUUUUCUCUUGUACCUUUCAGCAUCUCUAUGUUCCUCUGGGCCUGGUCGUGUCAAACUCAUUCCCAGUUGUUUUUUUCAGCCCCUUCAUGCCCAUCAGCUUUUUGUCUUCAAUCUUCCAGGCCGAAGUAUGCUCCUCUUUAGCUAAGUCCCCUUUCCUUUCAUUCCCAUUCUUUCCCUUACAGCCUCUAACCAUCUCAUCCAUUUCCCAUUUACACACCAUCAAUGUAUAUAUAUACUGUAGUUUUGUUCAUUAUCCUUACUGUUUAUUUCAACUCACUUCUGCUACUCUCACUAUGUUCCUUCCUGCCUCCUUCUUGUCCAUCUUACUUCCUUGUUUUCUUCUCAUGCCACUUACUAUUUCACUCUGGCACUAUUCUUUAAAGACUUCCCGUACUUAGCAAUUCCUUAUUUCAAGAUCCAUAAUGUUUUUUGCUGGCAAAUGCCUGGGGCACUGUGCAGACAGAAUGGGCCACAGAAUCGGUCUAGCCCAGCCUGAUAUCACCACCGCUAAGCAAGCUCUCUGCUUUUGGGGCCCAUUCAUGCCUGUUUAAUAUAGUAGGUAUAUGGCUAGAUGGUAGAGGCACUGGCUCUUCAUUCACCUAGUUCUGGAGUGCCAGUCAUACCCAACUAAUGGCAGCCCUGCUUGUUGCGGUCUUAUAUAAAAUGUGAGCGAGUGAGUGAGUGAAGGUGAAUCGGAUAUCACUCAUAUUUUUAUUGUUAAAUUACAACAUUAAAAUGUAAACACAUUUGUUUUUACGUUCACGAUAAAUAGGCAUUUAAUUUAUUAAACCUAGCCCCAGCAAUAACCUGUUUUACAAUGUAUGGUUAUUUAUUAUUUCUAAGCAAAUAUGGGCAAAAAAAAAUUUAACAAAAAAUAAACCUUAGAAGUAAAAUUGCUAUGUUUCUCAGUUUUAUUUAAUGAGGCAUAGCAUAUACUUUUCAAGGCAAUAGCAGAUACAUCAUGGUCAACAGCAUGAUACCUUAUGCAUCUAUCAAAUGCUUUGGCUACACAUGAACGAGAACAAUUUUUUUCAAAUAAAACCAGGCUUUGCCUAGCAACAUUUUUUUACAGUUAACAAAUUAAAAGAAAUAUGAUAUGCACAUGUAUUUUAGUGGAGCAUUUUGCAGCCUUUAAGAGUUUGUAGUGGUUCUUUCUGUGCAAACUCAAAGAAAAUUCUUGAACAAAAUGUUAUUCUGCUUUGCAAGAGAUGCUGUUUAAUGUAUUGGACGUCAGAAUGGUUUUCAGACGAACAUGGUGUCCAGACAUAAUUACUUUCUGUGCAGGGCACCAUGUUCUAGUCCUUUGCUUUCAUUUUAACUGCUUUAUCUAUCAUACAUCUGUCUGCAUGUUAAAGAAAAAAAAAACAUUUUACACUGACCAUCACCUUUAAACCUUCUGCUGCUGGUGGGACCUUAAAAGCAGUGCUGUGUGUCUGGCUGUAGGCCCCUUCCAGAAGUAGAGGGGUUAAGUUGUCAGGCAGAAUUAGCAGAUAAAAGCAAAGAAUUGGUAUGUCAUUGAAGAAUAGUGAUACUUUUUUCCCAGUCAUGUUAUCUUCAGAAAAGCUUAUUUUUGUUUUGUAAUCUGCUUGUCAACCAGCAUGGAGGAAAAGGGAUACAACUUCAAAGAUGUUGUGUAUCUAAUUAAACAAACUGCCACUUCAAUAAAUAUACUUGUUAAAAGUAUGUUUUUUUAUUACUAUAGAAACGACAAAUCUAUUUUAUUGGAAUACAUGGUUUUAAUACAAUAUUUGAGACAUUACAAUUCAUUCCUAUAAAAAAAAUUUUUAAUCUGUCUGUCUGUCUGUCUAUCUAUCUGUCUAUCUGUCUGUCUGUCUUUCUAUCUACCUGUUUGUCUUUUUCUUUAUAUAUUUCAUAAUUUUUAUCAAA